AUGCAGGAAGGUCUGUCUCCAAACCACUUGAAAAAGGCCAAGCUCAUGUUCUUUUAUACCCGCUACCCAAGUUCCAACAUGCUGAAAACGUACUUUUCAGAUGUAAAGGUAGGAAAAAUCCUUUUAUUCAUUUAUUUUUAUUCCCUCUUGCUUUUGGUUGCAUGUUUUAACCCCCUGAAUGCUUUUUUAUUAAUUUAAAUUUGAUUUCACUAAUAAUAUAUCUUGGCAAACUGUUGUUAUAUAUAUAUAUAUUUUGCUAUUGUUAUUAUUUUGCUGCUAAGUCAUUCUUAAGGUCUGUGUUUAUGCUCUCCCUGUUCUGUUUAUCUCCUUUACCCUGUGGACAUUAAAAAAAAUAUAAUCACAGUAAAUUUGUAAUUUUUUUAAGCACCAUUGGACAGCACGCUUUUUGCAUCUGUGAAAUGUCUACUGGUGGCAUUAGCCUACUAUACAAGAGCAUUUUGAAAGUGCUCCUUUGAUUGUUCCAUUGCAGCCGGGUUCCUCCUAUUCCGCUUAGAUUAGUGCCCGCUGCAGAGACCCAUUUUUCUUUACGUCAAAAAAGAAAAGCGGGGAAAAAAGAAAUACUACAUUGAAAUUCUCCAUGCAGUAGCUGCUUAAAAACAAAAGUGAUGAUUGUCUCUUAUUUACAACUUAAUUUGUUGUUGAUGCAGAGUACACUGAGCAUAAGGAGGAUGAAUAAACUGACAGAUUCAGGCCACAUUAUUCAAAUGAGGAUAUGAAAGCUGUCGACGUACAGCUGCAUCCUCCCCUCAUUUUACAGAAUAUUAGGACCUCCUGGUUUUUUGUGUUUUGUUUUUUUUAAAGUAAUUGUUCUUUCACAUCAACUUGAUUUUUUUGUGUUAUAAUCAUCUACUUUUUUUUGCGGGGGGAGAAACAAGUUUGGGUUCCAAUUAUUAUAAUGAUACACAUGGUAUCAUUUUGUAAGCCUUUAAAAAUAAACAUCACAUUAGUUUAAAUUUGCCGUGUUAAAAUUCUUCUCUUCUUGCCCCCCCCCCCAAAUUCUACAAAAACUUUAGCCAUGAUCACCACCUCUCCUCCACUUUUGCAAAUUUGCCUUCGGUGUUUCAGGGAUGUUCUUAAACUGGCCUCCUGUGAAACUGGCCUGCUGUUCACUUUAAAAAAAAAACAAACCCAAAAAGAAAAAGCUGGUAUUUUGUAUUUUGUUAACUACCUUUCACUUUUUUCUUACUUUUUUUUUAUAAAAAAAAGAAACUUGGUCUAUCUUGUUUAGUUAAUUGGCUUCUAUUUAAUCAGUUUAAAAACUGGGGUGUUUUGAAUUGCACACCCUUCCUCCCAUUGGUUGCAGCAUUUUACUUAGAAAUAUUGGUGCUUUGUGGGCUGUUUUUAAUGGGUUCUUCUUUAAUUUUUCUUUUUGCAUGGCAUACAUGUGUACGUACAUUCAACAUAUUCUGCCCUGCUAGAGUUUCGGGCGAAACUGGUUUUCUAGGCUUUUUCUUACUUCUGCUUUUUUUUUUAAAUUUAAGAAGUGCUUUGAAAACCGUUUUGUCCAGAAAGUCAAGUAGGGUGUUGGCGAAGAAAACUGAAUGUGUGUAUUGCUGUUAACGACUGCUCUGUCAUAGGCUUUUGCUUAAAUAAUAAUAAUAACAAUGCAUCAUCCAUACAGUGCCUAUGCCUGGUUAAUAACCUGCCAUGACUCAUCCAAUGGGCCAAUGAAAAUGCUUCUGUGGCAGUAUUACCUGCAAUGCAACAAUGUAAAGAAUUGUUCUGGAGACGUUGGAGCCAUUGGUGCAGCUUGACCGCAGUAUGGCUCGAGGGAAUCCUCCUAAAGGCUCUCUCUGAUGUUCUCUCUGCUCCAGGGUCUCGCAAACUUGGGUCUCUGGCUGCUUUUGGACUACAACUCCCAUCGUCCCUAGCUAGCAGGACCAGUGAUCGGGGAUGAUGGGAACUAUAGUCCAAAAAGAGCUAGAGGCCCAAAUUUGGGAAGCCCUGCUUUGGCGGAUGCCGAUGUAGGCAGCCCUACAGAAAAGAAAAGAAAAAGUCUCGCUAGUAUGUAGUGCCUGUUGUCUUUUUUCAGCAUGUGACAGCCGAAGUCGGUCUUCUUGCGAUGUUGCCGAGUGAUAUGAAAUAUUUUGAUGUUAUGCCACCUUAUAUUUAUAUAGCAUCAUUCAUCCAGAAGAAGCCCAAAGUGCUUUACAAACAGCCAAUAUAGGGAUCAUUCACCCACCACUGAAAGGCAGCCACUUCCGUGGUGGAAGGCAACAGCCAUUCGGGGUCAGCAACACCACACACCAGUAGAUGUAAAUAUUAGAUACAUUCCUCUUUUCUUGGGGGAGCGGGGUUGGAGGGUGGGUUUCCACGUUUAAUAUUUUUGGAAUGUUUUAUUUCAUGGUAACAGUUCGUGGGUAAAGUCAGCCUCUCCUUUAACCUGCUCUGUAAAUUUGGUUGGGCUGAAUGUGUGAUCCGGGCUGGGUUAAUGUUUAUUUUAGGAAAGCUGCGAAGUAGACGCUUGUGGGAAUUGUGCACAUAAUUUUCUCUCUCUCUUUUUGCAUUGAGCUCCUUAAAAAAAAAAAAUAUGUCAGGAGAUGGGAAAGGGUUACUUAUCUCAAGAAAGGAGAUUGAUGUCUUCAGUCUUAGCCAGACAGAAUACUGGUACAGUAGUCUGGUGGAAUAAGACCAAUACUACUGCUUACUGCAAAUAGGGUGUAAGAAGGCAGUACCCAAUCUGGUUCCUUCCAGAUGUUUUGGAUUGCAAUCCUUUCAUUCCUGACCGUUGACCAGGCUGACUGGGUCUUUCUGAUGAGUCUAGAACAUCUGGAGGACACCAGGUUGGGGAAGGCUAGUGAAAAAUAUUGACCAUUGGCCUUUCUCAGUCAGGCUUGUUCACGUUGACUAGCAACAACACUAUAAGCUCUUCACAGCCCUUCUGCCUGAUAUUCUUCAAAUGGCUAUUCCAGGAAUUGAACCUGGAGCAUUCUGUGGGCUAGCCAUUCAAAGGUGUCAUGCACAGGUCAGGAAAAUGUGGGUGGGAAUGAGGAGAGGCUUUCUGUGGGGAGGGGGGAGGCCUGCAAGCUCCUUUUGAGUAGAUUCUUUCCAUGUGUAUGGAGGUAGUUUUAUUUAUAAAAGAAGAGAAAGGCCCUGUGAUAAUGGCAUGCUUCGGGAGGCAUGUUUACUUUCAUCUGGAAUUGCAAAGGGGCAUGGUGUCACCCAUAAACUUGUGUCUGGACAGUUGACCCAACUUACUUUAAACCAGUUCUUCUAUUUUAAAAAAAUCAGUGUAUCCUCCAUCUCAAGUCACCUUCUUAUAGUAUUUAAUUAGCCAAACCAUGCGAGGCAACAGUAAUUCAAAAUCAGCUUGGCUAAACUUUAGUGUCAAACUUUCGGUUGGUAUUCAACCAACUCUUACUCAGAGUGGGUCCAGUGGCUAUUAGCCUCAGUAGAUCUACUCUAAGACAUAGUUGAACACCACCCUUUAAAAAAGAAAGCUUUAAAAAGAUUGCAAACAAACUUUAAACAAACAAACAACCUCUCACAAUUUUCACAAGUUCAUGCCAGCAGAUACAGAACAACAUGUAUGAAUCACUACUUCAGCAAAACAUUAUAGAUCACAAUAUGCCAGUCUUACCAAAUAUCCCUGCUGGAACAACAGGAUGGGGUUUUAGUCCCACUGAACUCCUUGGUGUAAAUGAUCAAUAAAUUGACCUCCUAAGUAUUUGCUAUGUACACAGGCUGCUAGUUAAGACAGGUGAAAGAGAAACCCAAUGCAACUUAAUGCAUGAAUUUACAUAAUGCAUUAUAGCCAAAAAAUCUAGACACAAUUAGACUAACAUGAGAUACCCUGGUCUAACUUAGCUGCAUGAGAAUGUUGCCCGUACUCUCAAAGACCAAAACCAAUGGGUUCAGGAGUGCCAACUUAGCCCCGUGACUGUGUGUGUCUGGGGCCGUGGGUGCCAUGCCAGCGCUCAUGGCCCUGGCACUGAAAUUUGUGGGUGCUUGGGCACCCAGGGCCUCGGGGAGUUGGCACCUAUGGUAGGUUUGAUAGUGUAGCUAUUCAUGUUUCUAGAUAAGAAAGAGGUCUUGAAGAAAUUUCUGGGUCAGAUGCUUUUAGUUAAUGUGAAGGAAGAACCAAUGGAAGGACUUCAUAAUGUACGGUGGCAGAAUAGGAACUCUUUCUGUUGUAUUAGCAGUGCCUAUAAAAAACCUCAAGGAACACUCUUAACACUAAUGCAAUCAGGGAAGAAAGGAUGGAUGGAGCCCAUCCUCCAGGGUCCUUCUUUCCACCACAACCCCAUGUGCCCCAUUAAAAAUCCAUUCCAAAAAAUCAAGAGAUCAUUCAGAGUGGCCUCCAGUGCGGCAUGUGAAUCUAUAGUUGGAACAGAAUCCCUGGAAAACACACAAGGGCUCUUUGGAACCCAGCCCAUGCACUGCAAUCUAUCCUAAUACGUUGUACAAUAAAUAUACAAAGUCCAGUUUAGUGCUCUGUGCUGGUCUUGUACUCAAGGGAGCUUAUUCCCCCCCCCCAAAAAAAAGACAAUUUAACUAAUUUGAAAAGAAUAAAAUAUUUUUCAUACACAGAUAAGCCCCAAAAAUCUUUCGUUUGUAAAUAAACCCAAACUGAUUUCUGUGGAUCAAUUUUGCUUACUUAGUUUAUUUGAAAUUGUCCCAUUGAUUUUUUUUAUUUUUCGAAUCGCUUAUGCAUGAAUCACCGUACCCAAAUUUCACCCUUGAUUUUUCUGCUGCUUUACUUAAGGAGCUGCCAUUAGUGAGGCUGUAUAAGAUGCAACCAUCUUAUAAUUUUUUCCCUAAACUGGGGGAAAGGGGAAAUCUCCUGAGUCGGUAUUGUGGGAACAAAAAAGGAUUCUCCUUGUAUCAUCUUCUUUCGCUCCACUUGAUGCCGAUUUUAAUGUAUAAGCUAAUAAUUCUAAGACUACUAAAUACAACAGAUUCAGUGUCAUUUUAGCUUUGAAGAACAGGCGCUUCCAGGCUUUUCAACCCAGCAGUGUUAAAUGAUGUAUCUCAUUCCCUCCACCCCUUGAGUCAACUGCUGCCUAGCCAGAUUAAGGUGUCAGAUUGAUUUGUUUUAUACAUCUUUUGACCAUGCUCAUUGAAUAUUUAGGAAGUUUCUUCAGCCCAUAUUGAGGCUGAGGUAUCCCGUGGGAAGCAUUAAUCAAAGUCACAGAGACUCUUACACUGUGGAAACACAGACUCUUUAUUGUAGCGAUUAGUUUUUGCAGUAACACAUUAACACACUACAGAGCUUUUCUUUUAUAGAACAAUUGAUCCUUUUCUUGUACUCCACUAGAGAAGGGGGGGGGAAUAAUUAACUCUUUAAAGUUUAGCAAUUUUAAAAAGACUGAUUUAUCUACACCAGAAUGUUGAGGCGAGAGAGGGCAUUUGUCUCUGUGUUUGUGUGUGUGUUGCACACACAUUUGUAUGUAUGCACAAUUAACUCACUCUCCGAAUGCUUCUAUACUAUUCGAGCUGAUUAGUUUUGUUCCUUAAGCGCUUAUGUCUGUAAUUUUUGCAUGUCUUACUUUUUUUUUGUCCACACUAAAACUUUCUCUGAUGUUUCCAUGCUGCAGCAAUAAGCAUUAAAUCUCUCUUUCUGUCCUAUUGCUAAAUAAUGACAUGCGCACCUACUUUUUGUUGUUGUUGUCCACAUUAGGUCAUUCAUGACCAUUCUAGAAAAAGAAUCCCCUUUCUAUUUUCCUCCCCUUCUACAGUACUCUUGCCCAUAUGAGACAAUGUCUUGUAACAAUGCAGGGGCCUAAUCUCCAUGUCAAAGCAAUUUUCAUUCCCCAGUGCACACCCUGCUAUCAUUUUGUAAUGUUUUGUUUCUUAUUCUAAAAGAAUUAAAAAGGAACAGUAAGCCGUCACGGGGGCCUGUAGUCCUUAUCUCAGUGUCUGGAAAUUUGGACAGUGUAUUUUACUGCUGAGAUAAAAUGGAAAGAACUCCAAGUUCAGCAAAUCGUAAUGGGUUUAAGUUCUAUUGAAAUCGGUAACCAGAAGAUCAGAUAACGGGGGUCCUUCAGUUGUCUUUUUAAUCAGGUUCCCCGCAAGGGCUGAAUAGAGACAGAGCAGACACACAGAGUGAAAAUAUAAUUCUUGGAUAGGUUAAGUACAUGUUUGAACUCUUGCAAGCAGAAGCGAUUUGAUGAUGACUUAAUCAUUUUCUGGUCAAUUAUCUGUAAGGACCCUUGCAACUGCAUGGCAAUUAUGAUGCAAGUUGGCCUUUUGGGAGAAACACCAGUCUCCCUGCUUCUGUUUCCUUGUUACUUAGAUUCCCUGCCAUAAAUUUUCAUUCGUUUAUUAUCUUUGCUAGCAUGGAAACAACUUUCUGUGUAGUAAUUACAGCCCCAAUGCACACUUUAGCUGUCAUCUUGUUGGAGGCCUGGAUGUUCUCAUGGCCAGCAUUUGAUAAGUGUUCUUUGUUGAUUUUUGAUUAAUGCACAUCUCUUUCUGGGGGCCGGGGGAAGUGAAUGCCUGUGAUGACAAAAGGCAGGGGGUAGUAUAUCAGCCUGCCAGAUAUAUAGCUAUGGAUUUAUUGGUUUUAACUUGGCAAGUUAAGUUGCAUCUGUCCUUUACACGUAGGAAGGGCUGUCAAUAAGAAGGGAUCAGCUGCAACGCAGCUUAGGUGACAUCUUCAGUUCAAAGGUCAGAGGAACAGUAAGGAAACUUGUCCUGAGAGAUGUGGGCACUUUUAACCUUGACCUUCUGACUUCUAAUAAAGGGAUCCAGUGCAUUUUCCUCCAUCUUACGGAUGAGCUGGAAAACUUUAAAUUUGCUGGAUGGAAUGCCUAGGGAUUAAAGGAGGAUUUGCGGAUUUCGAUACUCAGGAUAUGAUAAGCAUCUACAAGUCACAUGCAAAUUUUUAAAUUUAUUUUUUGCAAAGUGAGAGCAACCCUAUAGGAAGGCCCCAUUUUUGUUUAGAGUGUGUGCAAUAAAGAGAGAGGGGAAUUCUUUUUAGCUUGACAUAGAACGAGAAAGGAAUUUUGCAUCAGAUCUAUGCGACACACUGAAAUGUAACCAACCUCAAGUUACUUAUGUCCAUUACACCACCUCUCCAUAAAUAUUUUCUAAAUUGAUUUCACACUUUUAUUUGUGGGAAAUAACUACUACAUAACAGGAAACACAUUGCAACCCCACCCAUCUUAUAUGUGGCUCCAUAAAUAAUUGCCUUCAAUGGGCAAGACAUAGUCACAUUUUACUGUUUUGGCCACUCAUCUCUUAUAUCGGACAAAAUACAUCAGCACAAACCUGGAAAGUCCUGGACAUCUCCUCCUGUAAGAGCCUAGAAGUUUGCUAGUGGUGACUCGAAAUUUGAAAGUGCUUUCUAUGCGUGAUACAUAACUUGAUAGAACAGCAGUGCUCUUUAGCAACCUUAGGAACGAGAUCCAAUCCUUUCCCAUUUAAAAAAUUGGUGCAGCAUUUUUCUAUCAUUUGACUCGACCACUCAAGCCUCUUUACCCCUUGGGUUUAAAAAAGGCUUUUGAAGCUUGGCUAUGGGGCGGGUGGAAGAGAAGGGGUGGAUGUAAGAAAGGAUGUUGUGAAAUGGGGAGGAAAGAGAGAACGUGUCAACGCUCUAAUCCUUCUUGCUCUUCUGAUUUCCACAGUUCAACAGAUGUAUUACCUCUCAGCUCAUCAAGUGGUUUAGCAAUUUCCGUGAGUUCUACUACAUUCAGAUGGAGAAGUAUGCACGCCAAGCCAUCAACGACGGGGUAACAAGCACUGAAGAGCUGUCCAUAACCAGAGACUGUGAGCUGUACAGAGCCCUCAACAUGCACUACAAUAAGGCAAAUGACUUUGAGGUACGCUGUGACCUUUCUGGGUUUCUUUCUCUUCUAUGCAUGCAUGUAAUUGAAAUUGUCUUUCCCCCUCCCUUUUUUAUGCAUUUUCACUUAUUUUGGAAACUGUUUCUUUUACAGUGCCCACCUUGCAAAUGAUGUUAAUGUGUUUUGUUCUAUGUUUUGUUAAAAAGGGAAGAAGGUCAUUUUUGCCUGCCUUAUCAGAAAGCAGGAAACUUUUCUGUCUCGAUAGCAGAGCGCUGCAUUUGGGUUGCUUGCGUUUCAGCUACAUUUUCGAGAGCUAUUUUCUUGAAAAAGCCACCCUACUCGAGAUCUUUUGACUGUAGCUAAUCGUUUUGCAACCCGGACAGAAAACGCAGCUCGCGAGUGAAACAAAAACAAACAAAAGCGCGACUUAGUUGUGUCUCGGUUCCAUUGAAAUCAACGGGGACUAGGCCUAUCUAAAUGUCUCUGGAUUAUACCCCAUGGAUUGGCAGCUUUGAUUGAAACUCUUCCUUACAGGCCAACAAUGAGCGGGUAUGAGCCAAUCACCGAGGCCUUGGCUCAGCAAGCGAUUGUUGCUAACCUGCUGACCUUCCGUAAGCCCCACGGUGGCAAAUUCCUCCGUGCUGAUGAUAAGCAUUUUGCACUGUCAGAUGCAGGGAUGAGGCGAGAGGGGCUUCUGGGAGUUGUCACUCUGUGGCAUUGAAGCCUUGUGGCAGUGCGUUGGUAUUAUCUGCUCAAAGGAUGGGCCACAUUGUUUGGUAUAAGCUGCACAGUGGCGUGGUCAGAAGGGGUGGCAAGGGCUUUUGUUUCUUUCCCUAUGGAAGUAGUACUGCGCUAGGUACAAAAACGUGCUCUGAAGCAUUUCUAAAGUGAUUGCCAUCACCAUCAUCACCACAUCUAAGUGAUUCAGUUGGAAAGGUACGCAGAAGGUUAGGAUGCAGAUUUCACUUCUACUCUUACUCAUUCACCAGAGCUUUUUAUUUCAGUAUGUGUUGCCAAAACAAAACAGCCGUGGCCCAUCAGGCUUAUUCUUUAUCAAAUGUGUGCCCUACCUUGCGGUCCUGGCUACUUAAGAUCCCUCUAGAUCAGGGUUUCCCAAACUCGGGUCUCCAGUUGUUUUCGGACUACAACUCCCAUCAUUCCUAGCUAGCAAGACCAGUGGUCAGGGAUGAUUGGAAUUGUAGUCCAAAAGCAGCUGGAGACCCAAGUUUGGGAAACCCUGUUCUAGAUGCUGCUGGACUGUAGCUCCAAUCGUCCCUGGCCUUUUAUGGGCCAUGCUGACUGGGGCUGAUGGGAGUUGGAGUCCAGCAACCUCUGGUGGGCCAAUGACUACACUACUCUUGGAUGGAGCUUCUUCUGAAGAAACCAAGAACAAAAACAAAAGGAAAGUGCAUUUGACACCCUCCUAAUAGCAAUUUAGCAGAAGAUGAAUAAGGGUUAUAUGUACACAAUAUGAGCCUCUUCUCAUAAAUCACGUCUCUGUCUGAAAAUGUAAAAGCAUUAAUAUGCAUUUAUAUAUUGUGUUGCCCUCUUUCUGUCUUUGAGCUACCCAUGUGGGUCUUUCUAUGUUGCACAGUUUAAAGCAUGGAGGAAAUGGCUUUUAAUUGGAGCAGCCUGAGGCUGCAACAUAACACCUAUGGUAUAUUGUUCCCAGUAGUUUGCAAUUAUCUGAUCUGGAGAUUGCAGCAUAAGUUUUGCCCCCCAAUAAGUUAAUUUCUUAUAACACAGAACCCCUUUCACUUGUGUUCAAAUGCAUUGCUAUGAAAUUCCUAAUUCAUACAAACAGCUGGAUGGCAGCUUUAAGACUGCUAUCCACAACUCCACGCACUAGGCUGAAAACCUGGACCUGAACAGGCCAUUACUGCAUAUCGUUUAAUCUGAAGGUAUGCAUUCUUGCCUGAUCAGCGGCCAGCCCAGGUGACUAGCACUGAAGCAAAAAUGACAUGUACUGUGGUGUUGAAAUUGGAUCUGAAGUCCUUGAGCAAAUGGAGCGUUUUCCAUAUUUAGCAUCAUCAGAGUUCCUCCCCUUCAUACUUUUAUUGCUGAUCCUUUAAUAUAAUUGAAGCCUGAUAUGCCUUUCAUCUUAAAUAAUUUAAAUGGAUUUUCCUAAACCUUUUCUGCUCGCUUCCUCUUACGGAGUUAACAUUCAUAACGUAUUGAAGAAAUGGGGAUAAAAUCUCAUAGAAAAGAAGGGACUCUGGGCGAAUUAUGGAACCUGUUUUCCUUAAGAUCUAUUACUCAAGAUACACCUGCCAGAGCCACAUCACACAUUGUGCAAGCGGCGUCCCUGUGGACAACACACAUGCUUUUUAGACUCAUGAAUGUCCUUCAGCAGUUCAUACAAAACACAUCCUCAACCCACUGUGGAGCUGCUGGGGCCUGCCUUUGCUCUAACAUAUGAGCUGGCUUUUCUGACUUCCUUUCACAAUGCCUUGGAGCCGCCAGCAGCUGUUAACAGAACUCAAAUAAGAUCCUUAACAAUCCUCAUGCCUCCUUACUUUAGAUUUGUCACAAUCGCCUCAGGCUCAUAGCCAGAGGUAGCUGAAACACCUUGCAGAAGGAUUUGGUGACUGAACGAGUAAUCUCUCUCUGUUUGCGAGAAGUGUACCAAUUUGUUUCUGUGUUUCUGUGUGCUGUCAUUGGAGGCCAGUUGAAAUUGUGAACACAUUAGGCUCAGCUGCAACACAAAACUGAACCAAAUCAUCUUUAGUAGUAAGCAAAACUUACAUUCUGAUGAAUUAAAGAUACGCGUGCUGGGGAAGGAGGAUUUUCAUAUGUCCAUCCUUGCACGUUACUGUUUAUCACAAAUGGUAACUUAUAGAGAGCAUCCUACACCCCCCUAAUUCAUUUAUGUUUUCAGCACACAUUAAAUAGAAGCUCUCCCUCCUAAAUAAACAAAACAAAAAACACCUCAGCAGCUAUGUGUGCUGUUUGCGUAAUCUCUAGUAUGUUUUAAACUCAAGUAUCUAAAGACUGCAAUUCUAAACACACUUAGAACAAAGCUCCAUUGAACUUGCAAGUAGACAUCUAGAUAUGCACUCCAAAUGCGAUAGAAACAUACUUACCCUGGAUGGUUUGCAGAGAAUAUUUUAAAGGGAAUCAGAACAUGAAAGAGACAGCAGCUUUCUAUGGGUUUCUUACAUAAGUCACACACGCACAUAUAGUAUUUGGUUUUAAUAUUUAAUUGUUAGGGUGGAUUUAUUUAGCUCUUUGUUCUCCCACCGGCUUUCCCCCAGUCAUCUAGUGGUAGCACUGGACCAGUUCCAGUUUAUCUUCAGCUUCCUUGCCCACCUAAAGAUUAGGUAGGCUAGCAUAUCAAACUUGUGAAUGGCCACUGAACAUUUUGGGAUUUUGCAGAAAUCUAAUUGCUUGUAGGCUGCGAGUGGCAGAUCAACUCAACCUAGAUGAGGAGCACUUGUUCAAAUUACACUUUGUUCCAAUUGCACUUAGAUGCAGCUUUCCCCAUUGCAUUUCAAUACUUGGGCAAAUUUAUCUGAGGAUAAAAGAAGUGAUUGUGAAAUGUACUGGUGGGAUUCAACCGAGUUGUUAUGUGCAUGGAAUGAGGUCCACUUGUGAAUGAGACCUUUCUCGCUUUGUUCCCCAUACUCUUUAAAUCUGUUCCAGAGGUUGGGGUGUAAGAGGUGGAAGUCCCAUUGCACAAGCAGACCUCGUUCUGUGCUGGCAUAGCCCACUUAGCACUAUGUUGAAUUCCACCCUAUGUACCUGUGUAAAUUGCUGUGUCCCCCCCCCCUUUAAAAUAUACACAAUUGGCAUUUGGGAAGCAAAUUAGCUGCAUACCCCCUAUCAACAUGCAUUCCACACCAGUUGUGGUUCACUGUGAGCUCCUAGAUAUAAAAUAGAUACAUUGCAUAAAUACUCAUGCAUGGAUGCUUCUACUUUGCAACUAAAAGUAGCUUUGGGAAGUUGAUUUGCAUUUGGGAACGGGCAUUGAAAACAAGAGUUAAACUCUCCAUCCUGUCUUACAAAAAUCAGGGCCUUCUGCAGCUGCUUUGAGGAGAGAGGAGGAAGGUGUCUGGAAAUCCAAUAGCAGAACUCCCAUGUCAUGUGGCCCUCAGUUAUCACGUGCCGUGAGAAGCAUGUAGUUAUGCCCAUGGUGGGAUACAGGAGCGAAACUCAUGAACUUCCCCUUAUGCAUAUAUUCUGUGUAAAUUGGACUUGCUCAUGUCAGUCACCCAGCCCUUUUCCAUGGUGCGGACCACAUCUCCAGAGCCAACCUGCAUAGGCACUCUUGCCUGUAUACCUGCUUAAAGGCUAUACAUGCAGUAUGGAAGAUGAGCCAAAGGCUGACUCAUACACCAUACAGAGUGUGGAACCUACAUAUCUGGUCCACAUGUUGCUGCCUUGUUGUAUUUAAUUGUUUUGUGGAUUAAACGGUAUUGGGGAUCAACCUGCUAAAUGCUAUAGCAAGCACUAUGUUUACAGUGAAGGAAAACAGGUGAGUGAGGAGAGGGGCCAUGCUUAGUAGCCCUUCACCUGGACAUUGAUGCAUACAGUGCUGUGCAAACAUUUGAAGGAAGGGAACCUUUGCAAUCUGGAACCCUGGUUGCUCAAGGUUCCAGAUCAUGUUCUAUAUCCCUAUAGGUUUCUGUGCAGAUUUGGUGUGGCACCACUUCCCCACCUGUGUAUGUAUUAACUGUAUGCAAAACCCCUGAACAAGGCUUGCAGUGUUAAUUUUAUGGAGAGAGACAGCUGAAAGGUCUUGUGAGACAUGCUGGGAGGAUCCUUGGAGCCAAAAGGUAGGCAGCUAAGGAUGCUAGUUGUGCAAGCAUCACCUUGUUUCAGUGAUUGCCAGUGUGUGCAGGUAUUCCUUGCAAAGUCUACCCUCCCCUAUUCAAUGGAAGUGUCUGCUACAUGAGCCCCUAGAAGCUGCCAGUUGCAUUGAAGCGAGAGGUGGAAGGCUUUCAAUGGAGGGGCUUCCUGGUACACUGCAGCACGCAUGGUGUUUGAAAUUAGAAAUAAAUAUAUACAAUAAGAAUGCACGAACUAAAAAGUGGACAGUAUAGCCAGUAAUAUAUGCACCUGUUUUACGAGCACUGUUGUUUAUAAUAUGGACAUUCGUAGUAGAUUUGAAUACAAUAAAUUGUGAUAUACUUUCAUAAAUAGUUUUUCAGUCACUGUAAUCUCUGACAAGUGGGUAGUUUCUGUUUGCCUUUCAUAAGCAAUUACUUAGAAAUGUAAGCUGAAAAGUCCUAAAUUCCACAGUGAUGGAUGUAUGAACCUGCCUUUUACUAAGUUAGAUCAUUGGUUCAUCCAUCUCUGUGGGAGAGGUCUUUCCCAGCCUUGCCUUCUGUGAUAUUUUUAACUGGGGAUGUCAGGGAUUGAACCUGGCAUCUUAUGUAUACCAAAAAAAGGUGCUCUACCUGUUGAUGUAAAAAUCAAAACUCUGCCGAUGUACUGCUGUGAAAUCUUAUGGCUGAGUUUUUAUUUUGAAGGGCAUAGUAAUGAGAUCUGGGAUUUCUGGAAAAGCAGAGAGGUGGUCAGGAAGAGGGAGGAACAGAUUCAUAAUGGGGACAUGUACAUUCCCUUUCACUAGAAUUCUCCUGUCAAAUGGCCUGGGUUGCCCAUAACACUAAGCCAUGGUUUGUUUAACAGAUCAUGGGUUCCUACAGACAAUCAAAUAAACCCAUGGUUUGUUUCUCCAAAGUCUUUUUUCAUCUGCUCUUGCCUUGUACUUUUGUAGUCAGGUGAGUGUCUGGGUAAAGGUGGCCAAACAAGCCAUAGUUAAGAAAGAGUGCUGGGUUUGCAUGUAACAUCAAUCCAUAGUUAAAAUAAACCGAGAUUUGCAAGCCAACAGCAAAUCAUGGAUUCAGUGGGUAGAUUGUUUGGUAACCCAACUAUAGUUCAGCCUCUUGGCAUGAGUCAGACAUGCAAAUAAGCCAUCAUUUAAUAAACGAUGGCUUGGUGUUGUGUUCAAACUAUGCCUCUAUCCAUAACUUCAUUGUCAUACCUAGUUCCAUUUCCUUAAGAGGUUGUAAUUUAGGAUUUUAGCCUAGCAAAAUCAGUUAAUGUAUUCCUAGGUGUACUUAUUUGCUACAUUUGUUUUUAAAUGUUGUGGGCCAGAAACUUGCACUAUGUGAACUUGUGUUCUCUCAAAUAUAAGCUAGAGAGUUGCAGUAGCCUGACUAGUAAACUGUGGUUGUCAUGUAUAAAGCUUUGCAUCCUGGAUACCUUUGUAAGCGUAUAACCACCAAAGGGGUUCUUGUGGGCACAAUACCAUCUUUGAGGACUUUUCUAGGUAUUCACAAAAUCUCUGAGCCCUCCCCCUUCCUCAUUGCUUCCUGUGUCUUGUGGUGGGGGCAGAGGUUCACCCCCCUCCAAAAAAGGGAACUUAAGGAGGAGGUUGGAAAAGGGCCACACUUUUCCACUUCAUUUUCUAGUUGUGUGUGUUUUCCAAUGUUCAGAUUAGUAGCUGAAAAGGAAGUUGAAUGGCCAAGAGAAGAGAAGAGAAAUGGGAGCAAUAUUGGAUGCUCAGGCAGGAAAAUGGAAUAACUAAGGGAGAACCAGAGAGAGAAAAAGUGAGAUCUGUAGGGGAUUGAGGAGAAAGAAAUAGAGUGUGUGUGCACGCACGCACGCACACACAGAUUAGCUGCAGUAAAACAGAGUCUCUUGAAACUGUGUGUUUUUUUCAUCCUCUCAAUAUCAUAUAACAGAAACCUCUGUAUCCAUUGACUGAAAUGGAAAAAAACCCCCAAUGACUGGUGUUUUCCAGCACUGCCAUGACUCAAAAACAUGAAUACAAGGCAUGUAUCCUCAUAACUUUUACAAGGGUUACUCUGAAAACUACCACCAAAUCAUUGGUUACCUCUGCAUCCAACGGUGUCCUGUAAUGUCUUGGUGCUUUGGUUUUCAUCAUGUGUAAAUUUUGUGAAGAUCCGUGACAAUCUUUGCCUGUAACUUCAUCAGUGUUUUGGUAGCGCUGGUAAGCACCAGCUCUGUGACUUUUACUGUGGACUGUACCAACGUAGACCUUCAGAGCCGACAGGAAAGCCCAGUGUGCGUGCGCUUGCUCUCUGUGUCAGGGAGGGGUGUCUCUGUGUGGAAUUACCAAAGGGAGGGGGAAGAGAAGGAAGAGGGUGUGGCACCCUCUCAAAACUUCAAAUCUGUCAUGGGCCCCCAAAGAUUGGAAACUUAGGUGUAAAAGAAUAGAUGUAACAUUGUGGGCUGGUCAUUGUCUAACCAACGACAGUGCGCUAUUAUUUCUCGGAUCUCUCACAAUUCUAUAAUCUUUCAAGUGUAGCAUUUUCUAAAGUCAUGUCUAUCGAUGCUGAUUUAAAAUCUUCACACUUGCCCCCCCAUACAAUACAUGUAACCUAGCAUUAACUAAAAUGCCCAACUGCUGAUUGUUCUACCCAUUAUAUAAUGUACGUACUAUUUUGCUUUAAGUCUGAAAGUUAACAACAAUCCACAUAUAGACUGUAGAGCAUUUCAUGCUGUCCCCCCUUUUAGUUUGCUUGGUUAAAGCCUCAGACAGAUCCCUGUGAAAUCUGUAAGCAACUUUUACCCUAAUGAAACAACGGGUCAAAAUUAGCUGAAGUUGAUUACGUAAUUGGUUGUGGUUCUGACUUCUAACAUCCACGGCAUGUUUACCAGCAAUACUGUUGCAAACAUUCUGGAAGCAGGCUGCAAAAACUAUGUAGCACUGUGCAUUUAACCGCUGGUACCACCUAGGCUGAGUGCCUGUGCAAAGGAUGCCUUAAAGCUAGGCUUCACAUUUUGAGUGAGAAAGUUCUAACAGGAUGCAGUCUCCCACACCACCUACCAGGGCUAAAAAUAUUAUUUUAAAGUAUGCAACAAAAAAGUGAGAGGCAUCAGUUUUAAAGAUGCAUCCGUUUGAUGCGGCUGCAACAAUGAUAGGACAUUAGUUUCCACUUUGCAAUAGGAAUAAUAAGACUUCAUUUGUACUUUGUUAUAUAUUGAAAAUGCCUGGAUACAUGUAUUCUUCAGACAUUUGAUAGCAGUCUUAUUUCCCCAUGCACAUUUAUUAUUAUUAUUAUUAUUAUUAUUAUUAUUAUUUCAUAAUAAGCUCUAAUUCCUCUGAUGUGCAACAGAAGAAUUUGAAACUUAAACAUUGGGGUUUGAAAAUAAUUAAAAUAUUCCUGCUGUGCUGAUUAAUUAUAUCCAAAAUCAAUGAAUGGAAAGAUUGCAGAAUGGGAUUCGUGGUAGAACUCUUUUCCUCUAUUUUCCAUUAAAAAUAUAGAGACGUCGUAGCUAUCUCGUUGCAUCUUAAACAAUGUUGAUUUUUAUUUCUUUAAAAAGUAUGAAAACAUCCUUCAGGAAGACAGUUUCCCUCAGCUCAGCCAGUAUAUCUCAUUUUAUUAAAUUCAUUUGCAAAAGUUAUGCAAGUAUAAAGUGGGCUGUAACAAUAUUGUAAAUGCCACUUUUAAUUGUUAAUGAACCUGGUGUGGACCCCUAAUAAUAAUUAUACAUUCAAUUGUUGUUCCUGGUUCAGGAAGUAUUUAAUCAGCUGAACCAGGCAUGGCAAUUGAGGGUAUAUGUAGUUUUUGAGUCAGGAAACUCUCAUUUUGAUAUUUAUCCCCCUUGGAUUCAAGGUGUUUGCUACGACAAUGAGAUAGGCCCGAAAUGAUGUGCGGGCUAUUUGAUUUAAUGUCAUUAGAUUUUAUAGCUCCCUCUGACUAUUUUCCCCCAUUGGGUUACAUUUAAGCACAGCAAGAUGAAGUUUUUAAACCUCCUUACUCAACAGCUCUAUUAGUUAUAAUGUACCGUGACCUCUCUCAACAUUCUUAAAGAAAAAGAUACAGUGUAAUGUCACUUUACUUUGCUUAUUGUUCUUUGUUGAGGUGAACAAAGCAUUUUCUACAGUGGUUAUAGCACAUAAUUAUACAGCUUUCAAUAGUGGUGUCUUGGCACAUAUCAAAGUUCAGAAGAGCCUUUAGGAGAGAAAAAAAAGAUGUUUUGUGGCAGCCUAGUGAGGGUCUCAUCUUUCCUUCAGAAAAUAGUUCAAGGCUCUUCUGUCAGGCUUCCUUACUUAGAGCUUUUUCCCCUCCUGCUUCAUAAAGUUUAAAGGGGAUUCAGUGGAGUUCUGUGAUCUGUUUCCUUUGAAAGAUUGUUCCUUUGCACAGAGAGGUCCUUUGACUUCAAGAGUUCACAGAUUCAUGUCUUUAGGUAUCAUAUGUCUGACCUUAUCAGUUACUCUAUUUAAUGUCGGAGAAAAAGUCUCAAACUCUUUUGUGUUUGUCUGUUUUUCUGCCUCUGUGAAGUGAUUUGGCGGAGAGAAGGGGUGGGGGAGAGAGAGAAAGGACCAUCCUUUUUAACGCACCACGGCGAGGACGUUUUUUCCUGACUCCAACCUACCCUGUGGCUUUUUGGCGGGGAAGACGGGGCGCAAUUGCCCUUGCCUGCUUUGUGUGUGUGUGGAUAAUUCCACGGCGAUAAUAGAACGAUAUAGGGCCAAGCUCACGCACACUAUAUCUAGCUAGGAAUCGUCCACUUUCCUAGCCACCCACCCCUAGAUGCAAUCUAUUGCCUUGUUUCUGGUGGCUGCUACUUUAGCUUUCCAACAGGCUGGGCCAUUUAGCAAACACAGAGAGCGAAACGGCUGGAGUGCUGGGCCAGCAGUAGGCUUUCCCUUUGCUUCGACCUGCCCCAAAGGCUUUGAUAAUUAAUUGUCCUUCAGAGAUGAGGAAAGUUCAGAGACAGUGUGUGCAGCAACGUCUAUUGUCUGACCUUCAGUUCUCCUCCGUUCGGCUCUUUUCCCUCUCCCCUUCACACCACAAAGGGUUAUCAAUGGGAGCAGAGAGCAGCCGCUCCUUCUAAGGUCCGCAGGUGGCGGUUGUGGCGCUCUGACAAGAGCCCGAUCAUUGUGCUUCCGCCGGAGGCGGAUGAAAUGGGCUCGGAAAAGUUCUGACAAGCCUUUUCAGAACCCUUUCUCUCUCUUCUUUAAUGCCAUAUACAUUCUAGCAGAGCUAUUCUGCUAAUUCUUUGGGAAAUUUAAUAGCGUUUCUCCCCGCCUCCCGUUCCCCACCCGCCUGCCUGCCUGUCAAAGCGCAUGAAAAAAGUUAUCAUUAUGCACAUCGGCUGCAAUCUUGUAUGGCAGCCUAGGACAACCCGGAGCCCUCCAGGUGUGAUUGGACUACAACUCCCAUCAGGCACAGCGGGAGCUAUAGUCCAACAACAUCUAGAAGGCAUCAGGUUGGUGUAGACUGGUGUAGCCAUUUAAUGCAGGAGGGAUUUUUGUUGAAUUCAGCAUGGCUCUCUUCCGAGCAAGCUUGCAUAGGUUUGCAUCACAGCUUUCAUUUUUUUAGCCAUGCACAGUUUUAAAAAGGAAGACAGCUAUGGAUCCAUAUGCAGAAAACGUGGGUUCAUUAGCUGGCUGCAGGGGGAAUUGCUAGGUACUUGAACAACUCGGGGCACAUGCAUGGAAGUUGUGUACAGUGGUACCUAUGGUUGCGAAUGGGAUCCGUUCUGGAGGCCCGUUCGCAACAUGAAAAGAGCGCAACCCGCAGCGGUGCGUCUGCGCACACGAGGGUUGCGAUUCACUGCUUCUGCCCAUGACAUCAUUUUGCGCUUCUGCGCAUGCACGAGCGGCGAAACCCAGAAGUAACCCUUUACGGUAGUUCUGGGUCGCCGUGGGACGUAACCUGAAAGAACGUAACAUGAAGCGGACUUAACAUGAGGUAUGACUGUAUGCUAAUUUAGGUGCAGAUUUAGGUCUCUGAGCAAAUUAAGAUGGUGGGUGGUGCCUCAACGGCACUGUGCUUUGCUCACAGGUCUGUUGGGCAUUGUUUCUUGAAAAAAAUAAGUUGGGGAGAAAAGGGUAGCAUGGACAGGAGACAUGGGACUCAGUGCAAAAGGUCCUCUGGAACACCCUCCCAUCCGAUGUGAAAGAGAUAAAGAACUAUACAACUUUUAGAAGACAUCUGAAGGCAGCCCUAUAUUGGGAAGUUUUUAAUUUUUAUUAUGCUUUUAUGCGUGUUGGAAGCCAUCCAGGGUGGCUGGGGUAUAAAUAAGAUGAUGAUGAUAUGAUGAUGAUUAGGGCUCGGGGGCCCUGAUCCGCCCUGCCCGCCAAUAAUGCCCCGUCAUUAGCUUGAAGUAAGGGUUGCAGUUACCUAUAGGGGGGAAAAACUUUUAAGACCCUGCACUGACAAAUACGAGAAUAUUUCCAGUUUAAAUUCAUUUUUAUCUCCACCAUAACAGCCAGCAACACAUGAAGGGGAAAUGUUUAAGGAAAAUACUGAUGGAAUAGUAUUGAAAAUGUCUAGUUUUUAAAAAUAAUAAUAAAAUGUUUGUUUCUGUCUGUGGCAAACCGUUGUCCUAUAUUAAAGAUAUGUAAACGUGCACGCACACAUGCACACAUGCACGCACACACACACACAGAGAGAACAUCUUUUGCUAUCCUUUCAAAAUUUGGGUAUCCUCAAAAUUCUUUAGGUAUUUCACCUGAGGAAGAACUCAUCAUUCAGUGGUGCAACAUCUGUUUUGCAUGCAGAAUGUUCAGUCCACAGAAUCUGCAGGUAGGGCCAGCAAAGUCACCAGUCUGAAGCACUGGAGAAUUGUUGUCGGUCAGUGUCAGCAAUACUGAGCUAGAUGGACUAAUGGCCUGACCUGAUAUAAAGCAGCAUCCUAUUUUCCUAGCUCCAGAUUCAUCACAAAUUUGCUUUUGUGAACCUGUAAAUGUUAGGGGCCUCCAUUGAGUUGGCUAGUUGGGAAUGUUAAGUGCCUUGGUCGAACCUCAUGACUAAGCUAACUUGCAUGGAGAUGGUGAGUGGAGAUGGAAAAUCAUUUGCUCAAUCCAUUGCUGUUGUAAAUAAGUAAACAAAUACGGCCUGUCAGUUUUUGGUGUCAAAAUAACUAAAGCUAUGUUAACUCUGGUAUUUAAUUAAGGCAGGGAAUGCAGUGUGGUUCUCACUAGAUGGUGUUGGACUACAACUCCCAUCUGCCCCAGCCACUAGUCAGGGAUGAUGGGAAUUGUAGUUCAACAUCUAGAGGGAACUACACUGGCUGCCGCUGCCUUAAUGAUAUGGUUUACAUAGCUUUAUGGUAAAUGGUGUGCCACUUCAGGCUCCCUGAGAAAUGUGUGCCUAAUUAAAAUUGUAAUAGCCUAAUAAUAUCUAUCAAAGAGCAAAGAAGCUGGCGUUUGCCGAGCAGAUUAUUAAUAUUGUUUUACCGUCUGUGAUUAAUUUAGAAUCCUCUGUGGCAUAAUUAUUAGGCUCUGUAAAACAAAAUGAUAUACAUGUUCUGUUGUUUUCCCUAAUGAUAUAGUAAGCAAAGAUUUAGUUAGAAGAUGUAGGGAAAGUACACAGAACAGAGCAUUGCCUAUUUUAAUCAAAGUAACAAUAUAAGGGUUUUUAAUACAAAGAAACCGAGGUGGUAGGGAGGGAAUAUGGCACUAAAUUAUCUACCGUACAAUCUCUCCAUUAAUUUAAUUAACUUUGUAUGUCUGUAGAGUUCUAAACACUUGGUUGAAGCUCACAUAAUCAUAAUAUAAGUGAAGCAGCUGUGAAAAAUGUCACUCCCCACAUAUGUAAUCCUCUAUUCACUUCCUCAGAAGUAAACUCCAUUUAACACAAUGACGAUUUUCCUCUGAGUAGGAUUGCACUGUAAGUAAACCAACUGGGUUACUCAGAUCCUUCUUUUAUAAUGAUUAACUUUCUUAUGCAAAAACCUUUUGAAACAAGUUUGUAUCAUCAUCAUCAUCAUCAUCAUCAUCAGUAUUAUUAUCAUUAUUUUAAAAACAACACCGUAGCAAACUCUCUAACAUUUUUGAUGAAAAUAGGGACAUCCUAUUCUAUUAUUAUUAUUAUUAUUAUUAUUAUACCCCGCCCAUCUGUCUGGGUUGCCCCAGCCCCUCUGAGUGGCUUCCAACAUAUAUAAAAAUAUUGAACAUUUAAAAAAAUCUCCCUAUAAAGGGCUGAUUUCAGAUGUCUUUUAAAGGUUGUAUAGUUCCUCAUCUCCUUUGCUUCGUGGGUGACACAACUCCAUACCUUCCAACAUUUAUCCGAUGUAAAAAGGGACACCCUAAGGGAAAGCGGGACAUUCCAGGAUCAAAUCAGAAACUGGGAUGGCUUUUGUAAAUCCAGGACUGUCCCUGGAAAAUAGGGACACUUGGAGGGUCUGCUGUAGGUGAAGCAGACACAGCUUACGCAAUUAAGGGAUCAUAAAAAUUUAAAGUUAAUCUGAUGAAUUUUUCAUUAGACUCAGAUGAAAAGGGCCAUGUUGAAGAAAAGAGCUUCGCUUGGAGUCUCUCCUAGAAGAUGCCGACCUGCAGUACUUAACGAACACAAGCAGGUUCUUAUUUAUUGAUUCCCAGUUGUGUCGAUAGAGACUGCCACAGCAAAGAGUUUGGGGGACAGGGACCAUAGGCUGUCCACCGGGAGAAAAACUGUGUGCAUAUUCAUAAAGCUGUUGGGAUUUCCUUUCUUAGUGCAGAACAGUACCCUGGGAGUAGCUGCUAAUAAGUUGUAUAUUUCUAGUAAAGCAUUGGAAGGGUUCUGCUCUCUAUAAAUACGAAGUGCUUCAGAUAUAUUAUCCCAGUAGUCAUUGAAUCAAUGCUGCAGAUAUUAUCCCUACAUUACAGAUGUAGGCUACGGUUGUGGCUUGCCUCAGGUUCUCCAGUGGUUCAUAGAGCUACAAUCCCACAAACUCUUAAACUGGGGCAGAAGUACCGUUGAAAAACAAAGGGACUUGACUUCUCCGUAAACAUGGGAUUGUACUGCGAAUAACGAGAGAUUUGGACUUUGAAACUCUCAAGUCAUACUCUUAGCUACUAUUACACUUUACGUUUUUUUCAAAACCCGUUUGAAUAUGUGCCCUGUGCAAUCCUGUACUCUUGGAGUAAGAGAGAAUAGUGAUGGGGUGAGGAGAGAGAACAUUUUGCACAUCCAGUCAAUAUUAUGCACUUUAAUUAAUUGUACUUCUCACCAGCCAUUCAAUGAAUAGUCCCAAACAGGUUACCAAAAAUGUCCCAAUUAAAACAAGUGCAAUUUACAUUGGAACCAGAAACUGAAACCACCAAACAACGGACGGCAAUGAAACAAAACAGUAGCACCGAGGAGCAGUAUAGAGCAAUGAGGAAGAAGAAAGACAUUCUUUGCUACAGCUCAGUCAGUAGAGCAUAAAAUCGUAGAAUCAUAACAUGACACCCUUAAUCUCAGAGUCAUGGGUUUUGAGCCCCACAUUGGACAAAAGUUUCCUGUAUUGCAGAGGGUUGUUCUAGAUGGCUCUUGUAGUCCCUUCCAACUCUGCAAUUCUAUGAUUUUAUGACCGUGGUUACAUCUUUCUUUACUGAAAUCAGUGGCCUUGAAAAUGUCUUGCUGUGGAUGGCUCAUGCCCAUGUUAAAUAUAUUGAAGUCACAAUUUCACAACGUGUACUGAAUGGUUGCCAUAUUAAAUGUGCAAUCUGGCUUGCAUUCCCCUCCCCUGACAAUUUCUGAAGAGGAGAUAGAUAGAUAGAUAGAUAGAUAGAUAGAUAGAUAGAGGUAUAAUUCUUAUUUAAAUCAAUCAUUUGAAGAUCAUUUGAGCAGCUGCAGUCUAUAGUGGGUCUUUGAUAUGUGUUGGACGUAGUGGUUAUUACCAAUCCUUUACGCCCCUCCCCCCAUUCUUCUUCCCUUCUUCGCCCCUUCUUGCAAAAAGGAGCUUGCCAGACACUGUAGAGCGUUGCUGACAUUUCACUUUGCAUGCAAUGAGGGCAAGGGGAAUUAAGAAAUCAUCAAGAGGUGGAAGGGGGAGAAAGUGCACAGCUAGUUGUGCCGGCUUUGGCCUGCUGAAGAUUUCUUUUGCUUGCCUUCUACAUUAUGCUCCUGACUUCUCCCAAACUGCCUGGUGGCGGCGACAAUAGUGAGGAAUGGUUAUUCCACCCCCCACCCCCCAUGUGUGUACUAGAUGCCUCUAAAGACUCUUAUUUAUUCCCUCCCAUGUCACCUUGUGUACAGUCUGGCCUGUGACACUUAUGGUGAUUAUGUCAUUAUUUUGCUCUGGGGGCUUUGGCACAUCUGCAGAGCUGAUGCACAUCUUCUUUGUUACACUGGCAAACGUCCCAUAUUGCAAAUGCUUCAUUAGCCUUCCUGCCUGCCUGCCUUGCCAGACAAGAAUGCCCAAACCCAGGCUUCUUUUCGCUGUGUUCUUUUGUGUACUGUGAUGAGCCUUUAUUCAUCUUCCCAGUUCUUCUCUGUUUUUCCUGAACUCCAGAUGUCCUGAGCUCAAGUCUCCCUUAAAAGGAUUGUAAGGCAAAGUGGAAGAGGCGGAGCGGAUUGUUAACCUCUUCUGACUCAGCCGGAGCUCUCUGCGUCUCCCCACCUUCUAUUUUCUUCUUCUUCUGUGUUUUUGGGGUGUGUGCUUUUUUAAGAAAGGAGUGCACUUCAGUGUGCCUUUAUUCACUGCAUUUUGCAGCCACCUCUUCCUUGAAAAAAAUUAAUCUAAAUUUUCAUUUUAAAAACAGGCAAGUUUCUAGUUCUCAUGAAUGUGGUGGGGAGGUAGGGACUCAGUAUGGACUCUUUCUACUAAGUCAGGGCAUAGCUUUCUUGCGAGGAAUCCUAUUCGGAAUAAGUGAAUUUCCCUUAAAGAAAGGGAAACAUUGACAGCUAUGAGUCAGGAGUCCGCAAACUUUUUCAGCAGAGGGCUGGUCCACUGUCCCUCAGACCUUGUGGGGGGCUGGGCUAUAUUUUUUGGGGGAAAGAAUGAAUUCCUAUGCCCCACAAAUAACCCAGAGAUGUAUUUUAAAUAAAAGGACACAUUCUACUCAUGUAAAAACACACUGAUUCCUCGACCAUCCACGGGCCAGAUUUAGAAGGCAAUGGGCCGGAUCCGGCCUCUAGGCCUUAGUAUGCCUACCCAUGGACUAAGUGCUUUGAAGCUGAAUAGUGUCUGAUUAGUGUUUAUUACAGGGCAAUGGGGGAGGGCUUUAAUCAUGGCAGGUUGCAAUAUUGCCAUAUAUCUGGAGCUGUAGAAAUGAGAUAUGAAGAGGCAGGUGUCAACGAUACGUGUGAACACAGAAAGCGUGGGUCAAAUUGCACUUCUUGUGUUCACACACACACACAAUUACUGAGGCUUGUAGACUGCCCAGUAAAAUCUAGUUCCUUCUCUCACUGCUCCUGCCCGUCUAGUGCAGUCUGAACCACCCUGCUACCACUUAGGGCUUGAAUGAUAGAGUAGACCCAUCCGUUAAUAUUACAUCCAUGAACAGCAUCUUCCCAGUUUUUGUUCCUCUGGCUCUGCACUUCCUGCUCACAAGGAUCUUUACCUUUUUGCCCCUCAGCUUCUUAGCUCCAAGCAGGGAAAGAAAUGGAAGGAAACACCCACAUUUGGGGGGGAGGGGGGGUUGUAUGAAAAUAAACAUGGAAGUAAAUAUAUGCAUGUUUUAAUCACUAAUUACAAUUGGCGAUUUUUAAAUUACAGAAUGUAUGGUUUUUUGGCCACAAAAUUCUAUCUGCUCUCCUCUUUAUUUUGGUGCUUAGAUAAUCACUUCGCUGGUUUUAUUUUUAAGUACUGGCUUUAGAAGGCAUAUUUUUCAGUAUUUGUUUAUUUUUAUUAUAUAUAAUGCACCACACACACACAGACACACACACACAGACACACACACACACACAAUGUUUUCAUAUUUUGCUGAUAAUGUUUUAUAAAGUGCUGCUUAUUGUGAGCAGCAAUUUUUUUAAAAAAAAUGCUAUUCAUGCAGUUGCUGAUCUGUAAAACUGCAAUGUGCUUCUACUUCAUUUAAGAUUCUAGAUAUUUACAGUGUUCCACAGUGUAUGAAAAUUCAAUUCUCAUCCUAUUUGUAUGAACAGGCUGGGGAACAUGCUCAACUAUUUACUUCUUGAGUGCUAGCAUUCUCUACCCUGAUUUAUACCCAUUAGAGUGGUUGAGGCACCACCAUGCUUGUAGCACACCCACCCCUUGAGUUCUUGCACAUUUGAGCCACAAAACUAUUCUGGUGGCUGACUGAUUUGCAAUGAAGCUGUGAUCCUGUCACUGCUAACCACACUUGUUGAUUCAUAUAAACCAAAUACACAGUUAACAUUAAAAUGCAAUGUUUUCCCCAAGUUGUUUGUUGUACUACAGCUGUAAACUGAUUAAAAAAAUUGUAGUGAGCUAAUGAAACCCAUUUUAAUGAAUUAAAUUUGCAUGUGAUGCAGCAAUAGUCUUCAAGAAAAGCAGCACCAUUACUUGGGGUUUUUUAAAGAUGGCAUUUUAGAAGAGGCAUUCUCUCCUGUUUGAGAGUGAAAGGGGAAUUUCUCUUCCCAAAUGGUGCCUGGUGCCUGCAGUAUGCAGAAGCCCUUGUUUUAAUUAAUUAUUUUUAAUAUAUGUGUCACCUGGUUAAUCGGGAACACCUUUUUAGUUGAUUAAAAAAAUGAUUUUAAACAAUUAUUCUAAUGAAUUAAUCUAUUGUGAUCGUGUAGCCUAAAUGUCUUCAGUUUGGCCUUUGAAGAGCCAGUAUGUAUUUGAACAGGGGUUUUUUGACAUUUAAAAAUGUUAUCUGCAUUUUAAAGUUUUGAGAAUUUUUCUGAAUAAACUGCAACCCAGCUAAGAUUAUUUGCAUUUGCAUUUAAACGCUUUAAUCCCUUACGCAGCAGGGUCCUAGUGUAGCUAAUUUCUGCGAUCAAAACAGCAGAGUAAAUGAUUCAGGUUACAGUCUAAUUUUGCUGCUACUGUGUGGUUUCAGUGGCAAUUAUUCCUCCCAAGCGUUGGGUUCACAAGGCCUGGAAGUGUUGAGCUUCUCAGUGCUCCUAUAAAUGGGAUUAAAUCAUUGUAGACUGAAGUAGUUUGUUCUAAAUAAAUAGGUUAUGGACUGAGCUGGUAGAAGAGUAAACAUUCAACUUAAUCCUUGCCCCCCCCCCUUCUUUCGCUGGUGUUUUUACGAACUGAUUCAAACAGGAAAUCUAUGAAAACUCAAUAUUAGUAUAAUGCUGAUAAGAUCUGGCAUAUGGUAUUUUAAAUUGCGAGAUCUGUUGGGAUUAGAAAAUAAGAGUUCUAUAAAAGAUACUUCUUAGCGUGGGUUAUCAUGCCAGACAAAACUUGAAAGAGAAGUUCAGUCCAGUGGAUGAUUUGGGACUUUGCUCUGGAGUUAAAAACUACUGGCUACAGAUGGUCUUGUGCAAAUUAUUCUUCCCUUCUUAUGUAAUGAAUAAAAUAAAAUAAGCCUGGGUGCUUUUUACAGCCAUUGCAAACAACUCAGUGAGUAGAAUAUCAAGAUGUAACACGUCUGGAAACAUAUCAGAACAUGUAUUUCUGAAUGAUUGAUUCUAAUUCAAAAUAGCUACCAGAACCCCAAAGCACCUUCUACAUUGCAGUGUGAAGAGACAUCUUUGUGCAGAAGAGCUCCUAAUCUAGUCUAAAGUAGUACAACCUAGAAACAUUAGUGAGAAUUAGGUAUUAAAUUAGGCUCAGAGUUUCAGGGAAAGCCUACAAAGUGUUCAAGUCCUUUCUUCUAGUACUCUUGCAUCUGGUUGGUUGGUAAUGGCUUGGUUCACACAUAAAGCUAAACCAUGAUUCAUUAAACUAUGGUUUAGAGUUAUGUGUGAAACCUCCCAACUUAACUAUAGAUAACAAUAGCUUGUUAACCACAGUAAAGGUCUAUAGUUUGGGUAUAAAACUUAGUUAACAUUAACCAUAGAUUACCAUUACAUGUGUACCCUGUCCUCCUCUUUAAUUAAAGUUAAGAAUCUGUUAUUGUUCAAAAGCCUCAGACCCCUGAGUCUUCCCUGGUUUUCCCUGACUUGUAUCUCUUUGAAUGAGGGAAGGGUGUGUGUAACAAACCAAGUGAUUGUCUUCUAGACAUCCCAGCCUAAUUAUGAUUUAUUAACUAUGGUUAACGUUAUCACUACAGUAAACCAUGGCUUAGUAUUAUGUGCAAACCAGGUCUGGUGUGGUUUGUGUGCAAUAACCAUUAAACCGGAGCAGAACAGAAGACUGAGGAAAAUAUCAUUGAAUGCCAGUCAAAGUACCGUACACUAAUUGAAAUGACUGAGUAUGACUUAGGGCAGAACCACAUCAUACAUUUCAACUGUGUUGACUUUGGGUCACUAUGGGUGCUGAGAAUUUUAGCUCUAUUAGGGGAAACUAGAGUUUCCAGGAUCUAGUUGGGGGAACUCAUGUGCUUUCAACGUAUGGUGUGGAUCUUCCUGAAGUUAACCCAAAAUAUCGACAAUUCAAGCAAUAUCUGUUUGCACCUGGGACGCUAGUCCUGCUGCCACCACAACACAACUUCUUUCAUAUUUUUAAGAAGGACAUUGAGCAACUGGAGCAUGUCCAGAGGAAGGCAAACAGAAUUCUGUAAGGUCUGGAAACCUUUGAAAGAGGGAGUGCAUUUAGCAUGGAGAAAAUAAGCCUGGAGAGAGUGGGUGGAGAUGACUGUUAUCUUCAAAUCUCUCAAGGGUUGCCAUGCAGAAAAAGAGCAGACUUGCUCUAUGUUGCUCUUGAGAGGCAGGAUGAGACCUAAUGACUAUAAAUUGCAAGGAAGCAGCUUUUGACUAAAUAUUAGGAGAAACUAUCUAGCAAUAGGAACUGCUUGAUAGUGGAAGACUACAGGAGGUGAUGGGCUCUUUUUAAGAAGAGACUGGACAGCUUUUCCAGGCAUGGGAUAGUUGUACCUUGCAAUCAGUGGCUGCUAACCACUAUAUUCUACCUCCACGGUUGGAGUUGGCAUGCUUCUGAAAACCAGUUGCUAUAAACCAAAGAAAGAGAGGUCAGGUCCUGCUUGCGGACUUCCCACAGGCAUCUGGUUGGCCACUGUGAGGAAAAGGACGCUGGACUAGGCGGGCCACUGACCUGAUCCAGCAAUUAUUUUGCCAAUCUUCCAUUGAGCAAUGGGUUGGAUUUCAAUCAUCUACAAUGUUCCUUCCAACUUUCUGAUUCAAUAACAAUGACCCAAUCGCAGUUUAGCUUUUAAGCUGGGGAGUUUCAGUCUAGGAGGUAUUCCGCAGAAGAUUAGUGAAAGAGCAAGGGUCAAUUGUCAAGGGAUUUUCUGUUUCCCCAGGCCAUAUUGUAAAGCAGAAAUGUGGAACAAAAACCAGUGGAACAAGGGUUACCACUGUGGAAAUACAUCUACGGUGCUUUGGAUUUACUUGCUAACUGUAAUGUACCGUGUUGCCAUAUGGGGCACGUAAAGAAUCCUUCUGCAGAGAAAAAGCUUUAUUAAAGUUCAUAAACAUAAUCUACUGUAAUGCACCAUAUCCACUUUCACUGUGGGCUUAUCUUUUCUGAUCGUAUCGGGCACUUUCAGAACCUGCCUUUCUCUGUGGGCCAAGUUGCAUUUCUGUUGUGAGAGAAGAGACAGACCCCACAAAAGCAGAAUGAUCAAGGAACAUACCCGAGUCACACCAUAAUGAUAAAAGUAAUAAUGAUUUUAUUAUUUAUACCCAGUCCAUCUGGCUGGGUUGCUCCAGCCACUCUGGGCAGCUUCCAACACAAGCAAAAAACAUAAUAUAACAUCCAAUAUAAAAAACUUCCCAAUACAGGGCUGCCUUCAGAUGUCUUCUAAAAGUGUAGUUCUUUAUCUCCUUGACAUCUGAUGGGAGGGUGUUCCACAGGGAGGGUGCCACUGCCGAGAAGGUCCUCUGCCUGGUUCCCUGAAACUGUACUUCUCACAGUGGUUCAGUAUUGUCUCCACUGACUGGCAUCAUCUCAAGGAUGGAAAAGCUUUGUCUAGGAUCCUCUCCCUGCUGCACCUCUCUUCUGAUUUGACUCUGGGCCGGCAUUGGUUACCUGCGGGGCCAAGCUGCACAUCCUUGUGCAUCCAGAAAGCACCUCCACCCAUCACACAGUGUGAAGAGGGACCCACACUCACCAGCCAGGGACACAUUCUUUUCAUACUUAUUGUAAUGCCAAGAAUUGCUGGCCAUUGACCAGCACCGAUAUUAGAACAGUCAACCAGAACUGGCUACAGCUGCUGCUGUAAAUGGUGAAUAGAAAAAUUCCAGAGAGGCAGGUAUGGGAGAUAAGAACUGUUGGGUUAGCACAGGGAACAGGGUAGCUAAUCCUUUUGAGGGGGGGGGAAACCCAACCUCAAUAGUUGUUAGGAAAUCACUAACAGUUACUACAGUUUUCAUCCAGCUGCUGCUGUAAAUUUUCAGCACCUUAUUCCUCUUCCCUGUCCCCACCCAUGAUGAAUAUUGUCUCAGGAAUGCUGAGCGGGUGGCCGAUAUUCUCAUCCCCAUAUUGCAAAUGGCUGAUAAAUAAUGGCUUGCCUAAGGCCACCCAGUGAGUUACUAGCUCAGCUGAGUUGUUAACUAGAGACUUCCCGCUCAUAAGGUAUGCUCUUAAUGGCAAUGUUACACUAUAUAUAUAUAUAUAUAUGCUUUUCUUUCCUUCUUUUUCCUUUUGCUAAACUCAUGAUGGUCUUCCAUUGCUGUUUCUCCCUGUCAUUUUAUUCACCCACUUCAAGAUCCUAGUCUUUACAUGUCAAUACCCUUCAUCCUUGCUCUGUUAUGCCUUGGGACACAUCCUCCCCCAGGCUUGCAGUCUAAUUCCCUCUCUUUUCCACAUAAGAAUAGCCAGCUGGAUCUGGCUGGUAGCCUAUCUAGUCCAGCGUCUUGUUCUACAGUGACCAGCCAGAUGCUUAUGGGAAGCUGGCAAGUAGAACCUGAGUGCAAGAGCCCCUCUCCCCACUUGCUAUCCCCAGCAAGUGGUAUUUAAAGGCUUUCUGCCUCCAACAGUGAAGGCAGAACACAACUGUCAAGAGUUAGUAGCUAUGGAUAGCCUUCUCCUACAUGAAGUUGGUGGCCAUAUCUUCCCAGAAGCCAUUUCUUCUGUAAAACUUUCCUGUACCACUAUAGGUUCAUGUUCAGUUCUAGGGAUAAGGAAGCUCAGGCCUGGGAGAAGGGAUGCUCUUUAGGCCACACCCCCUCUCCCUAAGCCACACCCCUCACCAGCCCAAAUUGAGCAAUUUUGCUAAGAUGGAGUGUGUCCUUGAUAAAAUUGCUUGCCUGGAUUGGAGGAUAAAGAGGGCUGUGUGUAGAAACAAGUGUGCUGUACAAAGGCGAAAUUCACAUUUAUUGUGCUGCCCACUUUCGCCUCUUGGCCCAACCACCACUAUUGACAUGUGGCUCCUAGAACGUUGCUCAGAAAGGAAUGUGCCCCUUAGGUGAAAAUGGCUCCUCAUCCCUGUUACCCUUUUCCAUUUUUAUUUCUUUUAAAUUAAUCUUCUUGUCCUGCUUACCUUGUCUUUACCAUCCUGUUUAGACUUUAAGGUUUCAAGAUAAGAAUGGAUUUCUCUUCCCAGGGCAACAUUUGGCACAUUGUUAAUACUUUAGUAGUGGUAGUAGUAGUCUCUCUCUCUCCCUCCCUCCCUCUCUUUUAAAAAGGGACAAAGCUGGCCCCAGGCCAGUCUGAUGUCCUCUGCAUCUCAUAAACACAAUUGCAUCGUGAGUAGGUGGCAAAAAAUUUCCCUGGCCUUUGCAAAACAGUUGUGGUAACCUAAUGAAUAAUUUGUUCCAGGUGGAACCCUCUUUUGUCUGUGGAAAUGCGGGGGGGAGCAUAUACAGUACUGCUGGAAGACCAGCCAGACCUGUAGAACUUUUGCGACAAUCAGUGAAGCAGCGCACAAGAUGUGCGGAAAAAGCUCCGACUCUUAAAGGCUUCUAAAUAGGAUUCCUCGAUCUUAAUGCUACCCAGAUCACACUUCAUACCUUUUAAAAAGCUUUAUAUGUCGAUACUUUUUGAAAAGCUUACAGGCAACAAAAAACCACUCACUACAGCAAAUUCUUUCCCUCUUUCACCGUGGAUUUGGGGUUUUUCUUUUUUUCCUUACUUUCCUCUCCUACCUGUACCAGCUGGGAUUCAUUUUUUGCUCGCUACAGGUGAUAAAGGGGAGUUGAUGUCAGAACUAAUGGAGGUGAAGGCGGGAGCUAACAAGCAACAAACUAUUGUAUGUUCUGGCUACUUUCUGACAUUUAUUCCCUCUGCAGGGGGAAGCCGUAAUGCUUCUGAAUACCAGUGGCUGGAAAUCACAGGAAGGGAGCGCGCUCAUGUGUUUGGGUGCUGCUUGAGGGCAUCUGGUUGGGGUGCUAGACUGUAGGAACAGGGUGCUAGACUAGAUGGGCCAUUAGCAAUUCUUAUGUUCUUAGAUGAUUUGUAAAAUGAAAGAAAAGGCACUUGCACAAACCCCCGGCCUCAUCAAAAGUAAGGCAAGCACAACGAAAACCCUACACACCACCUUUGAGGGUUUCACCCAUAAUUCCCUGAUUUAUUUACUUGGUAAAUGUAUGGACUGUUCGAUAAACAAAAAAAAGAAAAUCUCUCAAAGCAGUGCACACGUAAAAUUAUAGAUAGCUAAUCUUUGAUGCUUUUUGACUGCAGCUUCUUUUCUCAUUAAUUUAGAAAAUGGAGAAUUGUCAGGGUGUGUGGGGGUGUGGAAAUGGAGUACAGCCCUGCUUAUUUCACACACAUCCCUCCCCUCAUACGAUGAUGGGAAGGGGCUUGGUGUAUGUUGACUACCUCAAGGCCUUCAAACUACAUGAAAAAGUUUUGCUCUAAUGUUUCAUUUGGAUUUAAAAAGAAGCCCCCAAGGCAGCAAGCUUUAUCACAGGAACAGAAGAGGAGUGGAGAAUACCCUGCAGUAAGGAAAUCAGCUUGGGGGCAGCUUUGACUGGGAGGAUCACCAGAAGGGAAAGGUGUCAACAAGCCGCUUCCAUUUAUAGUCUUUUGAGGCCGCUUUUCAUUUUUAAAUUAGAGAAAGGAUACAUUCCGUUAUAUACCAUAUCUUCCUGGGCUCUCUGAAUGUUCAUACUGGAUUGUGGAGCAGAACAUUCUCAUCAGAGCCUCCUCCUGCUUUAUUUUUAAUCUGUAAUGUUUCUAAUAGCCCUCCUUUACCCCCAUCCCUUUUUAUCCAAAUUGUGGGGAUCCAUAUUCCCUUGGAGCUGCUUUACCUUGGAACGCCACCUUCCCUUUCUGCUUGGUCUCACACUUUUUUCCCUGCUGCAGAAGUUCCAAGUCAGCUGCCCCUAAUGCACCCUUAUCUGCGUUAAGAGAAACCCCUAUUGCAGCAUCCAAGGAGAAGACUGCCAGCCUGCCCUCCCCGCUACCUGUUUACCUCCUGUUGACAUGACCUUGUGCGGUUCAGCUCUGCAACGUGAGCAGCUUUCACCAACCAGAGACCUCUGAUCUCCAAUCCACGAGAGAUCUGAGCUUUUCUGUUUGGCAGGACAGCAUGUUGCCCACCAGGUGAACAUGAAUAAAGAUGGACCCGUAAACUCUCGGCUGUUAAAAACAAAACGAAAAAGAGGUCUCCUGUUAAAGCGAUAAAAUCUCAAACCUUGAGCUCUUGAAAUUGGUUUGUUGAGAAUUGUGAUUUGAGAGCAAGUGUGAGAAGCUUCCCAGGCUAACAAUUCUACUUUUAUAUAAAACUGCUAAGCAAACGAAUCAUGGCCAGUCUUAUCAUAUUUAAAGUAUGUUUGUCCAGCUUUGUAGUAGGAACAAGCAGACUGUUUGAAGGCCACAUAGCUUUCAAACCUUGGUUGCGACACGUUAGCCCCAUUUUGAAACCAUCUUUAUCUGGCCGAGAAAACUAAAAUCUGUUUGACCAACUAGCUCUCGGGCCAGUUUAUCUUGUAAUAUGCCUUUCGCUCACAGAGCUUAUUGAUUUCCUUAAAUUAAUGUUUACAGAAUGCUGCUGAAUUUUACUCAAUGGGACAUUGUUCUUUUGAAGCUUUGUAAAAUAUGAGACAGAGUGUUAUUGCUCUUAGUUCUUGUGCUAAGACUGAUGAAACAUUCAGGGUUUGUUUUUUCAAAGAAAGGCUAGCCUUGAACUAUAGCUGUUUCCUACAAGUGUGUUUACCCUGGGUACAUUUGUAAUGCAACACAGCAUUAGGCUACAAUUGUAGAGUUUGCUUAGUUUUGCUGUUUCUAGAGAUUUUCUAACACAGCUCUAAAAGCGCUAAAACAAAUCAUGGUUUGUCAACAUGAGCCUUGAGCUUGCACACUUUCUUUGGCAGGUGAGAGUAUGAAAUUUUAAGCUUCUCAGUGAAAUCUGGUGUUAGUCAAAAUCAAUGGACUUAAAUUCAUUUGUUUGUUACUCUGAAUAUGAAUGGAUAUCACUCUCUAAUCCUGAUCUGUUGUAAACCACAGUUCCCAGUUUCAUCCCAACUCAGGAAAGUGUGGUUUCCACAAACCAUAAGAGCUUAAGACAGUUUCUGUGUGAUAAACUGAAAGGCCCAUUUAGUCCAGCAUUCUGUUUCUAACAGUGGGUAACCAACUAGCCUCGAGAAGCCCACAAGUUGAGAAGUCCACAAGUUGGAUAACAAACCAGGAACCUUGUUCUGGUGAGGCAGGAUCUUGCAGUUUACAACAACCAGGGACAGAAACUUUAAGUCUCCCCUUAUAUGUGAACGGGAGACAGGCGUUAAUGUUUGAGGCUUGUGCACAAAACAACAAACCAUAUAACGUUUCUGUUUCCUCUUGCAUAAUCUGUUGAUCUCAUGAUGAAACUCUGUGGUCUUCAGGUGUAGGCACCAAAGGUUGUGAUAGCAAGACCUAUUCAAUCAGUUGGACUUAUAGGUGAACAGUUUAUAUUAUCAGCACAAUGGACAAAUCCUUUUCUAGACUGUGAUAGUGAACGGUUGAAUUUCCAUGAAAGAAAUCUUUUUACGUGCCACGAACAGUGCUAAACUGAACCCUUCUCCCUGAUAUGUUUUGGAUUUUAAGGGAUUUUGUUUUGGUUUUUUCAAAUACAGAGGAAUAUUUACAUUCUGCCAAUGUCACGUUUGUGGUUUGAAAUUAUUUUGCCCAGCUGCAAGGAGGAGCCUAUGACUCUCCUGAUGUUGUUGAACUCCACCUCCCAUCAGCUCCAGUCAGGGAUGAUGGGAGUUGUAAUCCAGCAACGUCCAGAAGGCCAUGGGUUCCCCAUACCUGCUAUACAAGGAAGGCACUUGAACUUGAUGUUGCUAAUGAAAUCAACUGGUCCUUUGAUGCAGGCCUUGCGAACAUCCCUGGAUGCUCCACCUCAAAAAAAGAUAGUUUAUUUCUGGUUAAAAGUAUACAAAGAUAAAACUGAAAUGAUCACGGCCAGUUAUUUAGGGAGCCUGAUUUAAAAUGUUGAUUGGUUUAGGGGGUUGCUAAACAGAGCAAUUGAUUCAUAUGAGAAGAAAACGAGAUGUAGGCUAAGUAUUAGGAAGAGCAUGUCUUUCACGGUCUCGCUGAAACCAACAGGGCUUACAAGUUCUUAGCAGUUCAGCUUGGUUUAGCAGAGGAACAAAUUGUCUAGAAAGGGGGUAGAAUUUCCUUUCCACAAGGUUGUCACAAUAAGGCUUGACAUGCAUCUGUGCAGGCUUCUUUUUAAGUAAAGUAUGUUCUGCCUCAGGGCAGAGGGUUAGACAAGGUAAUCCACUGAUUCCUUUCCAACUCUGUGAUAAUAUGGGGGAAACAGAGAAAUUCUUUAAAAGAUUUCUCAGACGGCCAUCAGUCAUGAGGGCUGCAUUCAUUCAGGAGCAACCUGCCUAGGACCAUAUGCUGGGAGCCAGAGGGAGUCAAAGUCAGUGGGUGUAGGGAGAGCUGAAACUGAAUGGGCCACCCUUUGUCUCUCUUUCUCUCUCUCUGCCACCCCAUUCUCCAUUUUCCCAUACUUGCCACCUGCACAAUAUUAGACUGAAAGCUGCAUCCUUGGGCUGCAGGUUGCCUGCCUCCAUUCUAUAUGCUGCUGAGGCAGAGAACUGGGUUUUAUUUUAAGAGUCAAUUUUACAUUUGACACUUAAGUUUUGAACAUCUGCUCAGUUUGGAACAACUGAGCUAAAGGAGUUUGGGGUGAGGGAGUAACUAAACUAUUUUUAGUUUGCAUCCCGCUCUGUCUCCAAGGAUCUCAGGAAGCUCUUGUGGGGUUUCUCCUACUGUAUCUUCACAACAGCUUUGUGAGGCAGACUUGGCUAAGAAAUGGCCACUUGGUCAUGCAGCCUCAUGUGUAGGGAUUUGAACCUAGGUCUCCUUAGACCAAAUCCACUACAGUGGUACCUCGGGUUAAGUACUUAAUUCGUUCUGGAGGUCCAUUCUUAACCUGAAACUGUUCUUAACCUGAAGUAUCACUUUAGCUAAUGGGGCCUCCUGCUGUUGCCGCGCUGCCGGAGCACAAUUUCUGUUCUCAACCUGAAGCAAAGUUCUCAACCUGAAGCCCUAUUUCUGGGUUAGCAGAGUCUGUAACCUGAAGUGUAUGUAACCUGAAGCGUAUGUAACCUGAGGCACGACUGUACAGCAUGCUGGAUCUCUGAAAUAAUUGAAAUACAUUCUGUGGGCUACUACUGGAUCAUUUAGCUGGAAAUGCCAGGCAUGGAACCUGGGACCUUCUGCUAUUGGCUAUAGCCCUUCAACUGAGGCUCUUCCUCUAUUCUUUCCAUCUUUGCCAGUGACAAAUCUUGUACAGCAAGUGGGAUGCUUUGAGCCGAUAAUGAAAUUAUCUUCUCUGCACUUUGGAAAAAUGGAAGCAUUAGGUCUGUGCAAAUAAGAAGAUGUGCAGCAAGGAAGAAAGCACUUCUUCACACAUGUGGACUUAUUCCAACAGGAAGUCUUGAUGGCCACCAACAUGGAUGGCUUUCAAAAAAAGAUUAGACAAAUUCAUGGAGGAUAAGGCUACCAGUGGCUAUAAGCCAUGAGAGCUAUGUUCUACCUCCAUAGUCAGAAGCAGAAACACUUCUGAAUACCACCUGAUGGAGAUGGCAGGAGGAAAGUGUGCUCUUGUGCUCAGGUUUUACUUAAGGGUUUCCCCCGGGCUUCCGGUUGGCCACUGUGAGAACAGGAUACUGGACUAGAUGGGCCAUUGGCCUGAUCCGCAGGCUCCUCUUAAGAAACAAUGUUAGGUCAUGAGAAAGGAUAGAACAAUGAGUGCAACGAGUGCAACUCCUGAAAAGUAAAUGAAUAUUUCUAAAGGGGGAACUAUAUGUGAAUUGUCCAAAUUGGGGGUGCAGCAAGAAUGAAAAUGGCUGCAGCUCAGGCCUAUGAGAUGGGUUCUAGGAGCCCACUUCUCCACCGUGCAAUGGAGUUUUGCACAAGGUGGCAUGUUCAUCUCAUCUUGCUGCUUGAAAGGGACCACCAUGCAUCAUUCUUCCGGCAAACUUUUUUUUAAAAAAAAUCUUGCUGGAUGUGUGGUAGCCGCAGAAUGCAUCCCAUAAUGAUGGCUCCCUUAAGAUUUCAGUCCUUCUGAGGGGAUUCCUCUGGAACGUGAUUGCAAAUAACUGCUUGCAUUUAGUUUUUGAAGUGUCGAUAAAUGGGAAUUCCUUUUACGUAGGGCUAUGUGGUCGCACUGUUUCUUUAAAGCAACGCGGUUCAGCGGGGCAAUGAAGAGAUUAUCUGAUAACUGAAGUUCAGGGAUUUCAAUUCAGUUAUUUCUGCUGUGCAGAUUUUGUAGUGCCUAAGCGCCCAUGCAUUCAGGAGAGACCAUUCACAGCCCCCAUCCCUUCAGAUAGGAAUCCAUUACCACUUCAGCGGUAAGAAGGAGGGGGGCACAAGACAAGCCACUUUGAAGCUGAACCUCAGACCAAUUAAACUGGCAAACUUGAUUUUAAGCUCACCUAAUCCCAUGCAUGGCCUAAAUCAUCUUAAAUCGGAAGACUUUGAUUUAGCGGGUUUGUGAAUCAGGCUGUUAGGCUUCCAGUUGCAUGUAAGUGAGGGCAAUGCUCCCCGGGAUAUUUAUGAGCAGAGAAAAAUCUCCCCCUUUUCUUGACAAUACGCUUGGAAGGAGAAAAAGGGUCCCUCCUCCUGCCUCUUUACCUAACACUCGGGGUUGCUUAAGCUUCCAAGUUUAUCUGUUUUAAGUCCACUCUGUCUGUAGUGCAAGUCCCCAGCUUGUGUCACGGCUGUCGGGAGAUAGAUCUCUCUCCUUGAUCAAUAUUUGCUCAACAAACAGCAGGGAUAGGAGAGUUUGUUUAGAAGAAUCAUGUGCACACAAGGGUGAAUGAAUGCUCGGUAAAAAGUACUUCAGCUGUUUGCCUCUUUUCCUGUGCCUCCCCCCCCCCCCAACGCACAGGCUUCUCUCUUCGUUUCAUACCACCCCAGUGUGACUUCACUAAGGUGGUCGGUACUAAAACAGUUUUAAUAACUCUCACUGGAGAGGAGCCUGAGUAUAAUGGCUUGUGUUGAGAAGAGUAGCCAAGAGACUGAGCUAUAAACAAGGAAGCUCCCAGUUUGAAUCCUGCCUCGGUCAUAAAGGGCAGAUUCACAGCACAUUCAACACACAUUUAAAACACACGGCUUCCCCCCAAUGAAUCCUGGGAACUGUAGUUCCCCCCUCACAAUUACCAGCACCCUCAACAAACCACACUUCCCAGAAUUAUUUGGGGGAAGCCAUGUGCUUUUAAAUGUAUGGUGUGGAGCUGCCCAAAGUCACUAGGCCCUUCUGCAUGCUUCUCUCUUUUUUCAGCCGCAGCCUGAGGGACUUACCUCACAGGGUUGUUGUGUCAAGAUUACAACUAGAUGACGCCUGUGAAGCACUUUUGAUACUUGGAAGUGCUCAGCAGAUAUUCGGUUAUUUUAUUAUUCAUUUGUUUUGAGAACAGCAACACUUACCUCUGUCACCCCUUGAUGUGCAGAUUUUGGGUUUAAUAAUACCGACUUAUCCUACAUGGUUCUUGCUAAGAUUUACUGAGGCAUGGUAGUUUAAAAAUACUUUAUACAUGUUAAAUUAUUAUUCUUAAAAAUUAAGUAUUUAUAUUUGAAGGAAUGCCCGUUUCCCAGUAUUCAAAUUUCACUUUCUGGAAACCAGCAACUCAUGAUGCCUGGCCUGGCUAAAAUAAAAUAAAAUAAAAUAAUGUCUAAUUUGUUAUUAAUUUUGGUGAGGACAACCAUGUGCAUGUAUGUGGAGGCUGUGUAUGAAAUUGUGCUGGUCAUAUCCCUGCAGGGUGUCUUAAAUGACCUUGCAAAUAUAUAGAGAUAUAGUCUGGUUUUUGUCCUUUAGAAAAAGAUUCUCCAAGGACUCCCAUUGAUACCUCACACAAACCUUUCUAAAAAGGUGCUCAGGACCGGGUGUGUUACUGAGGGAAACAGCUUCCCUAGUUGUGGACCUGGCUUAAACCUUUCCAGGCCCAACAUGGCACCUAGACACAUGUGAUUCUAUGCAAACAGAGGUCACUUCCCAGUAAAUGUGUUUAAAAUGAAGGUGCAACUCCCCUAAAUACAGCUGUAUCUAAUUGCACUAUAUUUCUUCUAUUUUUAAAUAAAUUCAUUUGCAUAAACACUCUCUCACACACAUUCCAAAUUAAUACUGUGAAACUCAGCCACUCUAUCAGGAAACCAUUGACCCCCAAAGGGACUUGCUUCUGAAUAAACAUGUAUAGGAUUGGACUGUUAGACUACAAUCCUAUAUCUCUCACCUGGGAAGGAAGCCUGGGUGGGACUUGCAUUUGAGAAGAUUUAUGUAGCCUUAGACUGUGAAAUGUUGCCUAUUUUAGAAAAUAAACAAAUAAACCGCUUAAAUUAAAGAAAGCCAGCCCUCUAAGCAGCAUACAUAAAAACCACAUUAUCUAGAUCUUUUUAAAUCUAAAGAGCUACACUCAAAAGUUAAGGACAGAAAAGAGCAGCUCUUUAUUAUCUACUCCAAAACAAUUGAAGUGGCCACAUGCAAUUAGCUUUAAGGCAUCCAAGUCUAGUUUUGCGUUUGUGCGUGUGUGUGUGCUUUUUUAUUUUGUGAAUCAGAGUUGUAAAAGCCAUCUGAAAUAUUCAUGCAGAAUUGUCUGAGAAGCAGUUUCUGUUUUAUUUACUGCACACUAGAACAGCCACAGUGGAUUAGUUUGACAAUACCCGUAACAAAAGCACAACAGCUGAUGCGUGUGAUGUUAGGAGGUGACAAAACAGUUAAAGUAUGCUGCUGGCUACAGGCAAGCAGUCAGCAGAUGCAGACAAAAGGGUUUGUGACAAGAAUAACUCUCUCUCCAAGGCGAGCAGUCAAGAGUAUCCAAAAUACCAAUACCCUUUUCUCCUUGACAUUGUCUUCUUACAGUCAGCAUUUUAUUGCCCUUUUAUAGUCAAAAAAACAAAAUGCAGUUCCCCAGGAGAUCAGUUUUGACAUGACGACGAUCUUCAUAUCACCCUGACUUUUUCUUUCUUCUGAGUUUAAUGACAAUUAAAUCUAGAGGGCAGCGCUAGUGGUGGUGGUGAGUUUGAAAGUGCCGUGGGAAGGUCUCCUGCACAAGCAGUCCUCAGAAUGCAUAGCCACUGCACAUUUCAGCAGAGGCUGCAUACCACAACUGGUCCAUAAAAGAGUGACAUGUGGGUUUAAAAGAAAAAUUGUGGGGGGGAAGCAUGUUAAUAAUCUUAAGGAGGCAAGCUCCACCGUUUAAGCGAUAAAGCGUGUUAACUUUGUGAAACAAGUUCAUUCUCCAUAAAAUUACAAAAUUGCAAGCAUCUUGGGGCACCAGUGAAAAGACAAUAAAGGCAUGAGUGCCUAAAAAUAGGCACAGCAUCAGCCCCCUUUCACAAAAAGAGAAAGCUUUGUUUGACAGUAAAAAAGUUUUAAGGGACUGAGUAACGAUUCCCUGUACAAGCUGAUGUUUCUUUCAGGAGAGUGUGAAAAAUCAGUUUCCAGAAGGGGAAAACAAGUGGGGAGCCUGGUGGAGAGGAGAGAGGAGGAAAGAAAGAAAGAAAGAGAAAGAAAGUGAAGGCGAGGCUGUCUUCCCUCUAACCUUUGUAAUUCCCCUUCUAUUCUCUAUGACAUUCAUUCAGCUGCCAAGCAUGUUUGGCAAAGGCUCGAGCCAGCCAGCACACUUCCAGUGACCGCUAACCUUGGUAUGUCCUGACACUUAUGAUGAGUAUCUGCAGGACACAGAAGGCAGGCAGGCUGCUAUGUCAGGCUUUUAUUAUGUACUGCAGAGGCUGGGGACAGUCAGUUUAAUAAAACAAAUCAUCCUUGAAGGUAAAGCAACUGGGAAGAGGAGAAGGAGGGGGGCAGAGGGGGAGGAGGGGGAGAAAGUCUUUGCUGCACAGGCAAAAAAUAAAAAUAAAGAAAUAACAAGAAAACAACUGUCGGCAGUGAAGGCUUCAGUGCCAGCCUGUGGAACAUCAUAAGCACACACACACCCCAAACUCUCACCCUGUGUGCCCUAAUUUUAAGUAGGAGACACUGUUUAUUUUUUGGCAAACCAGGGAAAUGUAACCCUUUGCUGCUUGAUUCAUUGUGGGUUCCCCAUGUUGAGUAUGAUGUCAGUGAAAUUCUGUGCCAGUUUACACUCUUUGUUCCAAACCUGGUGACUUAAAACAGAAAUUCUACUUCAGUUCAAUAAAUUUAGCAGCGCAGCCACUGGAUAAGUGUCUGAGCACAUCAAAUUGUUGAAGUGAAACCCCUUUUUCCCCUCUGGGGAAAAAAAAAAGGCAUUCAGCACAUAUUUGAAAACUUUUCCCUACAGCGGCUCCAAAGCCCUGUGAGGUUUAAGAGACAGAUUGGCUCGAAAAGUUACGUUUUGUUAGGAAAAGAAGAACAAGGUAGCUUCGGGCCGAUUCAUGCAACUAGUUUUAGGAAAAGUGAAAAUUACACAUUUUCAUGAUUUUUGACGUUUCUUUAUCAUUUUUAUUUGGCAGCUUAUAUCCCACUCCUCUUCGCGAAGCGAAGUCAAAGCAGCUCGCAAAAUAUAAUAUAUCAAAACAAAUGUAAUAUCUUAUACAUGACUGAUACUGUUUUGUUUUUGGUAAGAACGCUUAACACGAUGUGAUGAGCGGGUCUUGUGAAGCCUCUGGCAAAGUGUUCAGGGAGAAAACCUAGAACAGUUUCAACUAGUACAAUGAAUUUUAUACAGGAUGUGGCAAGUUAGAUUUUGGAGAGACUCUCGUAUCUUAAAGACUAGUUGAUAACUUUAUAAGAAAGUAAAGUCGUGGCCAACUCUGGGGUUGCGGCGCUCAUCUCGCUUUACUGGCCGAGGGAGCUGGCGUACAGCUUCCAGGUCAUGUGGCCAGCAUGACUAAGCCACUUCUGGCGAACCAGAGCAGUGCACAGAAACACUGUUUAUCUUCCCACUGGAGCUAUUUAUCUACUUGCACUUUGACGUGCUUUCGAACUGCUAGGUUGGCAGGAGCAGGGACCGAGCAACAGGAGCUCACCCCAUCGCGGGGAUUUGAACUGCCGACCUUCUGAUCGGCAAAGUCCUAGGCUCUGUGGUUUAACCCACAGCGCCACCCGCGUCCCUUUUAUAAGAAAGUAAGAAACGCUUUACUCCAGUUUGUUUGGUUCCAUGUAAGGUUGGAAAGAGAAGCUCCAUAGCUCAUUGGUGGAACAUUUGCUUUAUAUGCAGAAGGUCCCAGGAUCAAUCCUCAACCUCUGGACUGCGAGAUACUCCUCCCUGCAGUCCUAGGAGAGUGGACAAUAUGAAGCAAUAUUGAGUGGACAAUAUGAAGCAAUAUGAACCACUGGCCUGACCAGCAGAAGGCAGCUUUCUAAAUUCCUACUCUCCCCCUUUUAUUAGCAAGUGUUUUCACUCAUUUGUGUGUCGUUUCAAUUGGUUUGCUCUCUGAUUGCCUCCAUGCGCACCCCUUGAGGUAUGCCAUAAGAUGACUGACAAGUAGGGAUUAAGAGAGCCAGUUUCUCUGCCUUGUAGCAGUGUAGACUGUGUGGCACAUUCUGUAUCAAAAUGGUAGAGUCAGAUGGGCUUUUUAUCUAGCUGCAGAUGCAAGCAAGUAGUCCUAACCAAUGGCCUUAUAGGAAAUGGCAGGUUCCCAUUGUACAGCAAACGGUAUAUCCAGACUGUACAAUGGAAUAUGGCUACUCCAAGUAUUAUUAUUAAGCAUUUCUAUAGAACACGUGUGUGUUCAAAGCACUUCACUUGCAUUAACUUGUUGUAAGCUUGCCUGUAACCCUGUAAUGUUGAUUAGCACUGUUAUCUCCAUGUUGGCGAUUAGGUGGUCUAAGGAAGUGAGAGAGUGUUUCUACCCCACCCUUCCUUGUAGAAGCAAAGGGCAGCCUAACAAUAGAAAAAUAAAACAGCAAUAUCAGUAUUUAUAGUUUAAAAAACAUAUCAAAUCCUAUGGUGCUAUCUUGCAGCAGCAGAGCACUAUACCAGAACUGCACUCAGUCCAAAGGUCUGGGUAAAUAGAAAUGUCAGCUGCCUACCCACAAUGCUGUACCAACUCUCAUGUCAGGGUGUACCUCUACAUUGAUUCUGCACAUGGAAGUCUAGUUAUGCAUACACAUCUGGCUUCCUGGAUUGUGUUUCCAUUGCUGGUUGACAUUUCUACCCAAACCAUCCAUGUGGGGGGUUUUUUGGAUGGCGGAGGGAAAAAUAACACUCAGCAUUUAAAUAAUGCUCAUGAGCUGGGAUGAGGAACUGGUGGCCCUCCAGAUUUGGUUGGACUUCAACAGCCAGCAUGAACCAUGGUCAGGGACGAUGGGACAUCAUCCAAUGAUACGCAGAAGGCCACAGAUUUCCCCUUAAGAGGAUUCAAAGCACUUCAUUUUAUGAGAUGCAGCUCCUGUAAUAAACGAACAAGUAAGCAGGGCCUUUACCAGGCAACCCAUCUCCUCCCUCCUCAUGAGAAAAUAGUGCAUCUUAAGUGGGACUUGGAUGAUUUGUAAGACUGAAUGAUAGGCAACUGCUGAACCAGCUCAUAGGUUCACAGAUAACCAUUACCAGUGCACACUGGCCAGGAUGUUCCAUCUUUCGCUUAUUCAACACUCCCUAAAUAAUCAGUAGUUUUGCACCAGUACUUUCACUGCUGGUUUCUCUGCCAUGUUGUAGACAUAUAUAGCCAUUUGUCCCUGGGAUCUGCUGGUUACGUGGAGCAAUGUGUGGCUUCUUUUCUGAGACAACCGUGUCUAAGUCUGAAGUCCACCACCUAGCUCCCCCUCUCAGCAUUGUCUUUCCUCCUGGCGAAUGUCAAGUAUUAUUACUUGAUUGACUGCAGCCACCUGAUGCUAGGAAAAUGUUCUGGGUUCAUACUAGGGAUUGUUGUUGAGUCUAUAAAAAGAAAUCUGGACGGGGGUCUUAUUUGUCACUGAGGCAUUGUUUCUGCAGAUGUUUCUGCUGGAGAGAUGUUCAAUCAGUUAGGUGUAAAGACGUACUUAGUAGGUCAUCAUCACUUAGGGUCAGGCAAAAGCUACCCCCAGACACACGCAAUUAGCACAGCUGACUGCUUAAUUGCCCACUUGGAGAAAAAAAAUAUCUAUCUAGCCACCCAUCCAUUUAAACAAUUAGAUGUUUUGCCUCAGAAUGUGCAGUUCUCUUAAGAAAAUAUUGUAGUCUUCGUGAUUGGGAAUGGGGGGGGGGGUCAGCUACAACUGAGGUGGGAGGAGUGUUUAAUUUCAAAAGAUAGUCUCUCAGGCUCAAAACAAGCCUGGGAGCUGCAUCUCCUGACCUGGAAAUUUUGACAUACUGGUUGUGGUUAGUCAGUGGUGAGGGAAAGGCAUUCUGCAUAGGCCCAGAAGCUCUUUUUUGUUAAAAAGAAAUAGCAAAAUCCAUCUAAUUCACAUGGUAUGGAAAACAGGUCGCAGAGCUUAGCUCUGCUGAGCCCUGGCUCAAGCUAAACCCUGGCUAUUAGGAUAAUAUGCAACACAAAGGAAUAAGCUAAGGCUCCCUGGCAUGAAGAAGCAAGCUGGAUGGACAAUAAAAAUAGACCAGGUCUGGAAUGGCUGAAGACUGUUGUAAACCUUUGGAAACAUAGGGUAGGCAGCCACUCAUUUUGCAAAUGUUUCCUCAGAACGAAGGAGGGGAGUUUGUAAGGAACUCAGCUUUCGGCAAAUUUACCUAUAAAAGCUGUUACUGCUUGAUAUUUUCUCAAGCUAUUUGCAGUCCCAAAGGUACCUCCCUAGCUCCCAUAUAUGCAUCGUAUGUUUCAGUCAACUCUGACGUUGUCCUUUCUGCUUUUUUAUCUGUUUUUAUUUACAGCAGGAGUGGGGAAUAGUUUUCAGCCCCAGGACCAUAUUCCCUAUGGGGCACCCUUCCACUGGCAGGCAGGGCAAAAGGCAAAAGUGGGCACAGCAAUGAAUGAAAAUUUUAUCUUUGCACAGUAGGUUAGUUUUAGACACACACACACACACACACACACACACACACACACCUACCUCUCUGUCUUCCAUCCAGGCAAGCAAGAGGCGUUACCAGAGUUCAAGGACACUUUCUACCCAGGCAAAAGUACUCAGGGAACAUCUGAAGCAAGGCCAGGGAGAGUCAUUGCCUGGAGAGUUGAGUGUGUGGCUGGGGAGAAUCUCGUGAGGCUUGGAGGGUCGCAUUUGGCCCCAGACCUGUUUUCUUUUACAGCACUGUGUUGUUCUUUUAGAGAUGAAGCAACUCGAGCUGCAUAGAUUAAUCUAAAACUGGGAGUACUGUAGCAGUCAUGGAGUUGGGCAUCUGAUUCUUUCGUGUCGUAUGAGUUACUUUGAAUUUCAUCUGAAGCUUGAAGCGCUUCAUCUGUUUCGAAGAGAAGCUGUAGGAGCUCUUAAUCAUCUGCUAUAAUUGAAUAAUCUGGGGUCAUCUCGAAACCUGGCUACCUUACUGUUCACCUCUCAUCAAGUUAACAGUGAGAGUCCGCAGACCCUUGAAGGGCCCUGCUGUUUACACUUCACAUAGCAUCCAUUUAUUCCUGCCCUCUGUUUCCUACUGUUCUAGCGGUUCCUGUAAGCAGCAGCGGCCGGCGUGCAGGGGAGAGGCGGUGCUUACCUGACCUCCUGACAGCUGAGCUGCUGCUGCUUACCAGGAGGGAGAGGGGCAAGGCGGCAGGGAGGCUGGCACAGUGAAAACCCUCCAGCGGUGUCAAUCCAGCCCUACUGUCAGUGCGUUUGCAUCAUGCUGACCUCCCCACUGCCUUGGCCCUCCCCUUCUCCCUCCUGGUAAGCACCAGUGACUUGGCUUUUAGGAAUUAAAGUGAGCAUUGCUGCCCACAACACCAUCCACUAUAGACUUUAUGUGGCCCCAUACCCAAUCACUAUCACAUUUGUUUGUUUGUCACAUCCUCUAGCAAACUAUUCCUGGCAUCAUUUGAACGGAUUAAUGAAUAAAAUCUAAAUUUUUAAUUUGCUUACCAAAAAUGGUGUGUGUGCAUGCGUGGGGGGUGUGUGUGUGCGCACUGAAAUAUCAAAGUUCUUUAGGAACACUUGGGCAAGUGUUAUUUGGCUCUACAACCUUUGUCACUUCUCUUUCCCAUUGUUUCCCUCCAACACGUUCAGUGAAAGGUAUUGCAAAGAAUCCAUUCAGCUUUUCUUCCUUUAGAGCUCUUUUUUUUUUUUUUUUACACACAUUUGUUCCGUAGGAGUUUUCCUGUGAAAUGCCCUGAGACCUGCAGGUUUGGACGCUAUGUAAAUUCAACAAACAAUUAAAUAGGAGUUCCAUAUAUUCUCUGGAAUGAUGUCCCGCCUCUGUAAUACUGAUUAGCUUGUUCAUUUGCUUGUCUAGCAUGGCCUUCUCCAAGCUACCACAUCAGCCCAAGCCUUUAUGGCCAGUGGGUUGAUGGGAGUUGUAGUCUAGCAACAUCUGGAUGGGCACAGGUUGUGGACGGCUACUGGCAAAGGGCUGGGUGCAACAAAGAGCUGUAAGACUCAUCACCACACCACAAUCCCUGCCAAUCAAGACUAGACAUUGAUGGGCUGGCUUAGUGUAAGGCGGUUUCAUACCGCAUAUGGGGACGCACCAUCACAGCUCAGUGCUAGAGCAUCUACUGUACCUUGCAUGCAGAAGGUGCCUAGUUCAAUCUCUGGUAUCUCCAGUUAGAAAAUAACCCUUCCUGAAAACCUAGAGAACCACUACCAGUUUGUGUCACCAGUAUUCUUCAACCCUAGGUCCCUGCCCUGAUGUUGUUAGACAACAUCAUCCCAUCAUCCAUGAUCAUGGACUGGAUUGGCUAGGGAUUGUGGGAGUUGUAGUCCAUCAAUAUCUGAGGACCCAAGGUUGAAGAUCACUGGUGUAGACAACAUUGAACUAGAUAGACCAAUAGUCCAGCUCCGUAUAAGGCAGCUUCCUGGAACUGGGAUGGGGAAUUUGUGACCUCCAUAUGUUCGACUCCAACUCCCACCAGCUGCAACCAGAAUGGCCAGUAGUUAGGGGUCAUGGGAGUUGUAGUUCAUCCACAUUUGGAGACCACAUCUUCUCCAUCCCUGCCAUAGUAAGUUCCCUUGCCUUUUUAUGCCACCCUUGACUCCAUUUCUUUUUUUAUGAGGGCACUUAAGUUCUCUUUUCUAAUCUGUAGCACAGCAAGGGGAAAAUGUCUGUUGUUUUUGAAUACUUAACCAAACCUACAGAAAAAUAUUUGACUUUAUUUAUCAAAUAUUUGUUAUCUUUCCAUAACAUUUGGCAAAUACCUCCCACCCUCCCCAAACUCCCAGCCCUCCAUAAUCAGAUUUGGACAAUAACAAGAGCUGUCGUUUUCAAGGGAAGGAUUCCUAGAACUAUACAGCCUCUGAUUGUAGACCCCUACAAACACCAGCAUCAAAUAGUUAGCAUAUUUAGUGUUUAUAUGACUAAAGAGUCAAACAUAGCGGUGUGUUGUCGAACUAUUUUUCCCUAGAAAAGACGGACAUUUUUUUCAAUCCUGAAUAUUGAAUGCCCCCCCCCCCGUCUCUCUUUGCAUAUCACGCCUUCAGUAUUAUGAGUCAAUAUGCCAUUUGCAAAUGACACUCAGUGCUUGGGUCCAAAUUCCACCCUCUAGCGCAUGCAAGCGACUCCCACUGACUUCAGCAGCAGCUGAUCACAUGUCUGCCUCAUGGCAAAACCUGGCUCCUAGAUCACUGCUGUGUCAUCUGCUACAACGGGCGAGAAAGCUUUUGCCGCUUUGUUACAGGAGGAGACAUUUAAGGUUUUCUUAUGAAGUGUGAAGAAGGUGGAUGAACUCCUUUAAGAGCAGCUGGGAGGAAAGGGUUUUGUUAGCCGGAUCUGAAAUUACAGAUAGUCGGUGGUCCACGUCUUCAGGAAAGUCCUUUGAGUGGGUUAUGUCCCAAAAUGCAUAGAACAAUGCUUGAGCUGAACAUAAAAAGUUGGCUUAAUCAGGUCAAACUAUCCAUCUGGCUCAUCGACCAGAUGACACACCGGCCUGGCAAUUGUUUAUGCCCCCACCACCCACGCAAGAUUUCACCAAUUUUGACAAAAGGAAAUAAGUAUAGAUUAGACCCUGAUCUAGGGUGGGCACAGAGAGGUUUAAGCACCCUGAUGAGGAUGCAAGUUGUCCCCUCCCAGAUGUAUCAUCUGCUGAGCAGGGAGGGACAGUAAUCUCCUUCCUCAGCUCUUUUGCACAGACCACCAUCAGAAGAGGGGCGGGAGCUGUGUGCCUUUGGCUACUCCCACUGCUGGCAUGUGCAGUCCCAGGUCUUCAGAAGCUCUGCUGACAAGAGUUGCAUUGUGAGUGGUCACUCGCAUGGAAUGGGCAUGACGAAGUGGGCUUGAAUCUGCAAUAAAUAAUACCGUAAGAGUUUCCUGUGGGGAGUAAGCUCCAUGCAACUCAACAGCGCUACAGCCGCUUGGCUGCAUAGAUUCAACUUGCAAAACAAAUGAAUGAAAAGGAGAUGAUUUGGAGGAAGUUGCCUUCAGGACAAGGGCGCUUUUCUCCAACCCACAGUUGCAGAAGACGGUGGAAGCCACCUGUCCGUGUGCAAAAUGAUUUCCAAUACGCCAGAUAGACUGGGUUGUCAUUUAGAAACCGAAUGGGUCAGAAAGAACCUGGGUCCAUGGUCACAACACAGACACACACUGGAAGCAUAGGGGGGUGUUUUUAUCUGAACACUCAUGUUGAAGGGGGGCUAUAAUGUCUGAGUGCAAGGAAAUGUUAUGGGAGCACAACAAACAAAGCAACUUCUCAACCAGGCCGUGUGAAGGGGGCUUCACUAGGUACUCCUAGAUACCCUUACUUCUUUGCUGGGCUUUCAGAACUAGCUGGGACCAGAAUAACAAUAUUUAUUUAUUUGUACCCAUCUGACUGUGUUGCCCUUGCCAUUCUGCGCAGCUUCCAACAUAAUAUAUAGAGAAACAAUCACAACAGAACACAACAGAACAUCACACAUUGAAAGAGUCCCGAUACAGGGCUGCCUUCAGACGUCUAUGGAAGGUCGUAUAAUUACCGUAUUUUUUGCUCUAUAAGACUCACUUUUUCCCUCCUAAAAAGUAAGGGGAAAUGUGUGUGCGUCUUAUGGAGCGAAUGCAGGCUGCACAGAUAUCACAGAAGCCAGAACAGCAAGAGGGAUUGCUGCUUUCACUGCGCAGCGAUCCCUCUUGCUGUUCUGGCUUCUGAGAUUCAGAAUAUUUUUUUCUUGUUUUCCUCCUCCUGAAACUAGGUGCUUCUUGUGGUCUGGUGCGUCUUAUAGAGCGAAAAAUACGGUAUUUAUCUCUCUGCCAUCUAAUGGGAGGGCAAAUAAUAAAAAAAUAUUAAUUGAAUCUGCUGGAAUUAAGAGGCAAUGUUCUUUUCAGCACAUGCUAAAUUCUCAGAGAAAAGAGGAAGAAACACAUCAAUAUUUGGGCAAAAAGCCCCUGCAGAUCUUCAAUAGCUGUGUAUUAUUGCUCUUUGUAUUUUUAUUUUUUUACUCUUUCCAUUGCCUUCCUCUGCUAAUUAUAUCUUAUAAAUCCAGCACCCACUAAACCCAGAUGUUCAUAUUUUAAUACCUACAUUCUGUGGUUCAACUUUGCAAAGCUAGCUAACACAUGUUUUAAAAGUUAUUACUAUUGUACUAUAUAUAACAGCCCUGCCUAAGAGAAUAGAGGCCUGCCGCAUUUAGAAAAUGCAGGUGCUAUGUAAGCUCCCUUUUGAAAGCAAGAACUUAGCUCAGUUUCCUUUGAAGACCCAGAGACUUGAAACUGAAAACUUUUAUUAAUGCCAUUGUCUCCUUGUAUCAGCAGGUUCCAGAGAGAUUCCUGGAAGUGGCUCAGAUCACAUUACGAGAGUUUUUCAAUGCCAUUAUCGCAGGCAAAGAUGUUGAUCCUUCCUGGAAGAAGGCCAUAUACAAGGUCAUCUGUAAGCUGGACAGUGAAGUUCCUGAGAUUUUCAAAUCCCCAAACUGCCUCCAAGAGCUUCUCCAUGAGUAGAGAUUUCAACCACUAUUUAUGAAUGUAUAAAAAAUUAGCAGACCCCAUUUUUGAUGCCCAUGUUGUGCAUGUGAGUGUGUACGUGUGUCUAUAUUAAUUUCAUAUAUAUAUAUAUAUAUAUAUAUAUAUAUAUAUAUAUAUGGAAUCAGAUAAGAAUCCACCAUGAUUAUUUUUAUUUGAUAAGUAACAAGUUGAUAAUUAUUUUAACUCCAAGUUUUGUUUUACUUUUGCCCAUGGUUUUUAAUAUUUGGAAGGGGAAACAAUUGGGUUACUUUUCUUUUUCAGGGAGAAGAAUGUUUUGAAGUGUGUGCAAGCCUGUUUUAGUAAGUUUAGGGCAUUACAUUUUGCUACAGAGUGGCAUUUUGUCUUCGAAAGACAAAUGUCACAAUCCUACAAUGAUGUUUUCUUCGUUUGUACGAAGCUCGCGAUUCUAGAGAGGCAUUUUACAAGCAUAGAGCUUUCUAAAUUUUAGCUCAACUGUUCAUUGAAGGCGGUAGAUUUUUUGUGUUAUAGUUUAGAAGACAUAUAAACAACCCUUUCAGUUACUUAAACGUCAAAGGCAGUAUCUAUCCACACCAGUCUUCAAGCUUUUCUCUUACAAGAACAACAUAUGCCCCCCCAAUCAUUUUGCCCUGUUUUCCAGUGCCCCUAGAUGCUGCUGCAGCCAUGUGCAUACCCUACUGCAAUGUUCUUCAACCUUCUGUCCCCAGAUAGCGUAAGGUCAUAAAACCAUAGAACUGGAAGGGACAACAUUCAUCAUUGGACAACAGUUCUCAUCAGCCACAGCCAUUAGCCAAUGGUUAGGGAAGAUGGGAGUUGUAGUCCAACAACAUCUGGAGACUCAAGAUUGAAGAAAACUUCUCUACUGCAGUGAUUUCCCCACCUUGCCCGUCCCUUCAGUAAGGUUGGGAAUGGAGAGGAAGAGUUUCUGUGAACCCACUGCAGGCCUGAAAAGGCUCUAUUUUGGAUUGGACCAAGAUUCCAGCAAGGUUCGGGUUCAAACAGAUUAGGUUGAUGGAGCUAGAACCCCAAAUUCCAGUGCCGAGAGUUUCGCUCACUUUUGGGCUUUGCUCCCACCACUGUUCACCUAAAUCUUGCCGCCACCACCACCCAACUGCAUUUCAAACAAAGCAAUACUGCACAAAACAUAAAGUAAAUUAAGGCAAGGGGUUUUGGUGUUAUCGAAGAGGCUAUACACAGCAUUCUAGGAGUGAUUUUAAGUGUCGUAAUAAUACGGUCAGCUUAUAAAAGCAGUAGUAUUUCACUCUCCGUAGAGUAAAAAACAAAAACAAACUCUUGCAUGGCUCUCAGUCAUAGCUGAGCAUUUUUAAGUCCCAUUAUUUCACCAGUAAAUAUUGUGGUAACUCUCUCCUGUGGGAAUCGGUGUGCCUUUAAGGUUACAAUCCUAUGCACACCUACUCGGGGAGGUAUGUGCCAUGGAACCUAGAACUUACUUCUGAAUAGUUGUUGUUAGGAUUAAUCCGCUUUAUUAAGGUGUCCUUUCCCUUUACCACACUGAACGGUCAGGUUUCCCCCACAUCCUGGGAGCCAUCUUUAUCAAAAUACUUUCCUCUGUCCCAACCAGACACUCGAGUGGUGUAUAUAUUUGAUAUUUCACAUUUUUACCUGAAAAGCAAUGUUUGAAAUUACCCUUUCAUCUGAGAAACACUGUAACAUACCUUUGCUUUAUUCUAAAAAUUAAUUGCUGAAGAAGCAAAAAAGAAAAAAAAAGAAAAACGCAAAGCAAAGCAAAACAAAAAGAUACGUCGGAUCAAAGUACAAGAAAGCUUGUAUUUUUCUGGCUGGGGUUGAUGGGAGCUGACAUGUGGAGGGCACCAGAUCAGAGAAAGCUGGCACAGAGACAUUUAAGACAUUUUUUGUUUAAAGGAAUAAACACAGCACAAUACACAGAGAGAACACAACUCUAGCAAAAAUGGGCUAUUCCAAGUUUCAUUGAACCCAGCGGGAACUUAAGUGGCUAACGGUGCUUUCUCACUUCCUUGGAGUUGAGCAGGCUUCAGUGCCUCUGGGUUUGUUGCCUAUAAAUCACGGAGAAACUUUAUCCCUGUCUUUUGGGCUAGGGAAGCAGAAGCUAGCCACUUUUAUUAUUUCCUCAAUCGUAAGUGAUUCAUUAACAUGGAAGUAAACCUGAUCAAACCACUUCUCUUCUACAACAAAAGUAAGCGGCAUAAAAUAAAAAAAGAGCGUAGUGCUUACCAGAAUGGGGCUUACCAGUGCUUUCCUGUCACUUCUCAACAAGAGAACUUUCCCCUUUUUACCACCACCUUGCGUUGAAGAGCCACAUGGAUCAAUGUGAGUCCUGGCUGCAGACAAAUAUGAUUUCAGCAGGUACCCAAGGCCAAACGAGACAUGAUUAUUCCUUGUAACACCCAAUGGAAAUGGCCACCAUAUACAUAUUCCUGCCCCUCUGUAAUAUCUACUAUACAUCGCUAUAUGCAGCCCAUAAUGUUCUAUGCUUGUCCACCUGCAUGGGGCAGGAAGAUACCACAAUAGCCAAUUGCUUUAUGUUGUUGCUGUGAGGAGAUAGACACAUGGCGGCCAUUUUCAGCGCCGAGUGAAUAAAAAAAUAUGGGUCUGAAUAUAAGCCGUCCCCAAAUCUAGCCACUCCCUAUAUGGAUUUGUUAAAUCAAGGUAUCUCUAGCUAUAAGAGCACAAUUGUAGACUGUAUUCAGGUUUUAUAUAAGCCAGAUUUUGGGGAGGGGCAGGAGAGCGUGGCCUAUUUUCAGACCACUACAGCACUUAGCAGAUCUAGUUGGCCCUGAUUUUUGACAUUUACUGAAACAGAAUUCAUAUUUUAAAGCAGCCGCAGAUGGAAUUUCUCCACAAGGUGACCAAAAUAAGUUUACCUUAGAGUGGAAAAUUAGUAAUAGGAGUUGAAUGAAUACAACUGCAGUGAAUUGAUACAAUAAUCAGCUUUUUUCUUAAAAGCUCGCUGUUAGUUUUAAAUGCUUUCUUCAGUGGUCUCCUUUUUUCUUUGGGCAUUUUUGCAAAGGUGUAGUGUCUAGUAAUGUUUUCUUAUAUUCUAUGGCACUAUGUAUUUGUCGUUUCUCUGUUGUCUUUUGUACAGAUGCAGUAAGAAUUUAUUGUUAUCUGGGCUAGCAGUUUUCCUUAUCCACUCCUUACUGGCAAUUUGAUACAGAUUUGAUACCAGUUAGCCAAGGUAUCUUUUUUAUAGCUUAGCAAUUUAAUUUUUUUAAAGGACCCUACCUUUUACUCCAUUUCUUGAACUUCGUUGUUUUUUUCUUAUUAAACAAUUGUCUUUUGAGUUUGAAGAGUGAAAGUUUACCCCAUGCAACAUUAUAUAUAUUUUGAAAAAGCUGACCUAGUCAUUGCAAAGAUGCUUCAUUUACAAAUACUGCUUGAAGAGACAGAAAUGGAUGAAAGUAGUUGUCAGUGAAAAGCCUUAAAAACCUGCUGAUUAAAAACAAACAAACUAGGACACCAGGACCACAAUCUAGCGACCCUCUUCCACAUGCAAUAACAGAAUUUAUCCAUGCUGAGUACCCAUUUUCUUGGUGCAAGACUUUUGCACAAUAAUACAAGCAAAUACAUUCAGGCAACAUACACUACAAGCAAAGCCCAAUGGGUCUUUUCAUAUGUAACAUCCCUGGCCCAGUAAACCAUGGUUUUUUAAACUAGGAACAUGGCUCUCCCCUUGCAUGUCAUCCUUAGCACUUCAAUCCUGGUUUGUUUAAAAUCUAGUUCCCAAUCGUAUCCAAACUUGGGAGCUGUGAUACCAGUUUAUUAACCAGGAUCUUAAACUACAGUUUGAUUCACAUUCAAGAACCUGGCUAGUAACCUGACAUCAAACCGCAGUUCCCUGUUUCGGACAUGAACCAUAGUUUAUACAGACCAGGAUAUAAGUGCCAAGCAGGUGCACAAAGUGAGGAAGCAAGGGCAGAGCUUUCUGGCUUGGCACUUGUUCCUAUCUUCAUAAACUAUGGUCUAUUGAAUGUCUGAACUGCGCCUAAUUGUACAUAAGCUUCUUUUUCACUUGCCACUCUGUGGAUUGCAGCCCCUGCUGUUAUUUUCAGAUGUGAAUUGUGUCUAUGCAGUGUAGGUGAUUUAGCCAAUACCAUGGGACAAAGGACCACCAAUUAGUUGUAGUAUGCUUUGCCCUCAAAGCAAGCCAUGCUGCUUCCAGACUUCCUCUAAAGUACUUAGAACAGUUUUGCUUUUUGCAGCCAUACAGUUGACAGCAUAAUUGCCACUGUUUUAAUUUGUGCACGAUGGGCAGACCAUUAGGACAUUUGUAUAUGUCGGAUUUUGCGGAUGAUCUCCUGCAACCCCAUGUUCAGGAGGUUUGUCCCUGUUCCAGGCACUGCUGGCCUAGAUGUGCUUAGUGACAUUGGAGGCAGAGCUAAUGCCAUGCCCAAAUAAUGGCUGCAGCUCUAGAUUUCUGCACUAGCAAGUACGUCUUGCCUGAAGUACUUACUGCUGCGCUAUCUGUCCUGCUGUGCCAUUGCUGCUCAGAACAUCUCAAUAUGCUUCUUCAUUGAGUAUUGGGACUAUUCCAUAUCUGAUUUAGGACACAUUUCUGCUGAAGCUUUCUGGAAAUGUAGAUGAGGCCUUCAAGAGCUAUUUCCUCCCCUUAUGCUAUCACAAGAACAAUUUGCCAUUGGGCUGUGCAUAUACUUAACUUUAUUAAUUGGGGAGGGGACCCAUUUUUGUAGCGAUCGCUUACAUACAGAGUCUGCUGUUUCAUUGGCCAGUUUCACAUGUAAUCCUAAGCUAAACCAUGGCUAAGCGUGAACGUGCAAAUGAGGAAAAAUCAUAGUUUCUUCACGCCUCUCCUGGUCCUGCUACUGUCAUGUUAUGACAUGGUUUAGUUUUGUGUUAUGUCUGAACUCUGGCUAAUGGUUUGUCUUGCUCCAGACAAACCACUCAGCUUUAGACUUAACGUUGAACCAAACCAUGUUUUAGUUCUGGGUAGUGCAGGAUUGAAGCAGCCACACUUUACAUCUAAGUACCGACACAAUUGUUUGUUUUUGCUAGGCUAUGUUUUGCCUUUGCAUUAUGUAUGAACUCAGCCACCUAGAAACAUAAAAAACCCACAACUACCAUGCUAAAGCCAUACUUCACAUAUAAUACAUAUUAGAUGCACUUCUAGAAAUAUUUUCCUUAUACGUGUUUUUGUUUUCGCUGUUAAUUGUUAGCAUUACUGGUUUUGUGCGAUUAGAUUAUCACUACUAUAAUUAUUAUUGACUGAAAAUGUGAUUAUUUGAAUUUGGUUGAACACUACAGCUUGGGGCAUUAUUUUAUUUAUUUAUUUAUACGUAGCAUACAUCAAAUCACUAGUGAAUGACACACAAGAGUGCUAAGGAAGGAAAAACAGGCAAGUCUUCAUCUGAUACAUUGACAUAUACAAUUCAGCUAGAUUUAUGGUGACUUCAUUGCAUUAUAUAGCCAUAUUGCCUUUGUGCCUUCCAAGGCACAUAAAAUAAAAUAGAAAGCAUCAAUCUUUGCUGUACUUCAAGUAGUCUUCAUCAUCAUUGCUCUUUAGUAUUCCCCAUAUAUAUAUAUAUAUAUAUAUAUAUAUAUAUAUAUAUAAUUAUCUGACCCUGAUCCUACAGAUGUCCAUUGCCAUGGAAGUCUUUUGUGCAGAAGGGGUUUUUCCCUACUGUGCUGCCCAUUAUAAUCCCAUUAUGAAGAAAGCAAGAAUGCUAAACCUAAAAAAACACAUAGGAUUGCAGUUGAGGCAGCUGCCUCUGCCAUGCCCCUAAUAAUGGUUUUGUAGGUGAGCUACUCCUUCUCCAGAUAUACAGGGUAUAGUAGUACUGGCUGGAAUAUAUUCCUGGGGAGCAGACCUGAGUGAAGACCAUCGCUCACCCCAAAGUCGGUUAAGCUAAGCUUACCAGACGUCUCCGUUUCCCGGGGACAGUCCCCGGAUUUACAAAUCAGUCCCCUGACAAAAUCCAUCUAUUUAGUAGGAAGUUGAAAAGUGUCCCCGGAUUCAUUGAAAAAAAUCUGGUAACCUUAGGUUAAGCGGCCAUGCCCAACCAACCAAGCAACCAACAUCCCACCCAUAAAAACUGGGAGAAUUCAGUUCCCAGUUGCAGGAGAGCCAUUGCCUUUGCAACCUCUGCAAAACCGACAUGAGCUUGUAGUGCAGAUGUGCUUUUGCCAUUACGAUGUGUCUUUUGCGGCAGCUUUGCCUAGCGAUAGCAGUUGCUGGUGUCGUAUUGCCAUAGCUGUCAACUUUUCCCUUUUUUUAAGGGAAAUUCCCUUAUUCCGAAUAGGAUUCCUCAGAAGAAAAGGGAAAAGUUGACAGCUAUGCAUAUUGCUGACCCCGCGCUUCUGAGCCUGGGAUGUCAGCAAACUACCGCAGGCGUGGCAUGGAGCAGGGCCCGCAAUAAUCACACACCCCUCUCUCACACAGACACACACACACACACCAGCUGCCCUGCCGUUUCUGAGCAAAACUGUGCAUCGGAUUGGGUCAUCAGGCUGCUUUUGUUGUGGUAAAGAAAGGUUUACAUGGGGAAAGGAGUUCAAAAAUAGCUGUGAUCCAACACUGGCCCUUCCACCUCCCCGAUCUGUGUAGACAAAGGUGAGGUUAUAGUGAGUGCCUAGACCUUACAUUCACCAGCAGAAGGAUUAGGGAACAACAACACAACAAAAAUCCUUCAAAUCACCAGUUUUUCCUCCCCUUCACAAGUACAACUGUUCUUGUGCCUUCUGUGGCUUAACAAUUUUCAUCUUUUUGAACCUUUUCCUGCCCCUUUCCUCACAGCCGCAAUAAGCUAGGUUCUUUUCUCCCACCCUCUCCCACCCCGUUUUUUCAGCUGUUUGACAUGAUGUUGAUAGCUAUGCAUAUUUUGUGUCUUUUUAAAGAAAAAGAAAAUUAAAAAGCAGGAGACUAAGUUUUUGAAGAAGAGAAUUUUUAGAACAGUUUGAUAAUGCAAAUUAUUUUUUUCUCAGUCCUUUGG